AUGAAAAAAGAUACGGACAUACUUCGUACGAUGGGUAAGUCACUGUUAUAGGUUGGGAUGGUAAAGGGGCGAAUUUAAUGUAUAUCUGUAUGCAAAAUUUAACCGAUUUUGAGCAGAGUUUGAUCAAGUUGGAUUAGUCAACAUUACAUAUGUAAUAUUGUGAAAAAAUAAUUGCAUAUGCAUUAUAAAUUUUCUUUUAUAAUAUUUGUUUGAUAUUACACCUAUUUUCCCGUUUAUUAUGAAAAUAGCCGAGAAAAAUAAAACAUGACCGAUUUAAAGUAUCGUCUCAGUCCCGUUCCUUAGAAAAAAAAAUCGCUUUAAUUGAAAACGGGAGCAUAAUUGCUGGUAGAAAAUUUAUUCACCGAUAAAAAUAAAAUAAAAAUAAACAUCAUUGUAAAACCAAUUUGUUCCUCGCUCCACUCAGAACCAAAAAGAAAAACAUAUUAAAAAUCUAAAUUAAUUGAAAAAGUAAUUCAAAUUAUCAUUGGUAACUUUAUUAGAUGACCUAACAUAAAGAAUGAGGAGUUUGGUUAUCGGAAUAGUCUCAAAAGUCAUGUACAGAAGAAGAAAAAAAGACAGUAAAUGACUAUAAAUCGAAUUACUCCAUACAUCUUAUAUUCUUAACUUCUUGUUUACAUUAAUGGCCGUGAACGGCAUAAUAUUAUUCUGUACGGUGAUGUAAUAAAAUAUCCGCAACAUCUUGGCGGUUUUUUUUUUUUUUUUCGAGCCUAUAAGAAAGGCAGCCGGCUAAUCGUAACAAUAACUGCAAUUACACGGUUAUGUACACGGUGAAUUAUAAUUACGGUACAUACUUCACGUUUGACGAUAAACCGUCUUUGAUGAAAUAAUGCCGAUGCGGCUGCAGCCGUACAAUGCGUUCGUCGUGACGUACAUAAUUAUAUAUUAACAUCAGAUGGUGAAAUGUACCGCAAACGGACAUAAUAAUUUCCUCUAAUACAAUUCAAUUUGCGCGAUUACGCAUACCUAUAUGAUAUCUAUUUCGAUCGUCGAAGAAUAUUAUCAUUUGAGAGCCGCUAUUUGAUUGAUAAUAUUAUCGAAUUCCGAAUAUUUGCUUUUACCGUGCAUUAUUAUUCUAAACGCAUGGGCAUUGUAGACAAUUUUUUUUUUGUAAAACGAACAUUCGUUGAGUAAACAGUAUAUAUUUAUUUAUUUUAGACUGAGCGAUAAUUGGUUUUUGGGCGGUUUUUUUUUUUUUUAUUUCACGAAACUACGUUUAACUUCUUUUAUACAUCUCCCCCUAAGGUCGACCGAUGUUUUACGAACUUGACACAAAUUAUGUUAUGACUUACCUGUGACAUAUUAUGUUGUACGGCGAAUUAUGUUUAUUAUCGGUGAACGGUUCGAUAAGCAGAUAGGUUAAACUGCAUUGGAAUUAUUAUUACUUAACAUUUAACAUAUUGUACAGUACAAAAUAUUAUUAUAAAUACCUAUACUGAUGUUUUGUUGUUAUUGGUUUUCUUUUAGGUAAUUCUGCUGUUACUAAGAAAUGCGUUAAAUCGAACGAAGCUAAGAACGUUUUCCGUUCGCCGUGCGUCAAAUUCUCUCCGGUUUCGUCGCCUAGCAAGUCCGGCAAGUCUUACAAAUAUCAAAACCAUAAUAUAACGUCGGCUACCGCUACCGCUUACCGUCGUCGAAGCAGCGAUGCAAAAGAUUCGAGAACCGUAAAUUUGAACGAGUAUGAUAAUAUUAUUGUUAUGAUUUUUCUCGAUUAAUUUUAAUUCUCAUUCGCUUAGGCGAUACAGGCAGGCAUAUUUAUUUAACACAAUACUGUACAUAAUAUUAUUUAUUUUACGUUUUCACGCCAUUUCCACGAAUCAUAUUUUAUUUGCACCCUUCAACCCUUUUUUCACGCGUUCGGUUCCGUACAGUGCGCUGGAAAUUUAAAAACAUAAAAUACCUACGCAUCGCUGCCGUUUUUCAUCCGUUGUGCCAACGUAGAGAUGUGCACGUUUUGUAUUAAAGAGAGAAAAAAAAAAUGAGAGGUUUGUCCGAAGAUUUAUCACAUUUUCGGAAGGUAACAGCGUAUUGUGUUUUGUAUAGGCACGAGGCGCCUAUAGCAGCAGGCAGCAGCGGUUUCCAGAAUUUUUUUGUUUCAAUCACGAGAGGUCCCCGGCAGCGUAUUUACAGACCGUGUCCGAGUUCGGCCCAAGUUGAAACGUGACCGAGUCAGUCAAUAGGGUAUUUUACAAAACAGAAAACCCACUUAUUGGUCCGAUCUGAGACCGCCUCCAUCCUAAAACCUACUACGCAGUCGACGAAAAACCACCACGGGUAUAGAUAAUGCGGAGGGGAAAUGGAAAAACGUAGCCCCGUCUGUCGGUUCAAACCCGAUAACGCUCCGAAAUAGUCGGGCCGUAAGUGUAAACGUAAAACCUAGCGGACAGAAAACCACGGCGGAUUCGCCACUGCUCUUGGGGCGGACUCGCAUACGGUAUGUAAAUGCGCUCCCGGACAAGUAUGGAACCGCGUCACUCGCACGAUAGCGUGUGUGUGCUUUUUUGAAUCAUAAACAAAAUAAUAUAUUAAAUAACGAAUUUGAAUAAAACGAAAUAGAAAUAUUUGGGUCGAGUUGCGAAUAGUUGGCUACUACGCGUUCCACCGAACACAACCGUUCUGUUUCUCGCGGUGGCCGUAUACAAGUUUGGGAACCGCUUGUAAUGAAAUGUCGAAUGUUUUAUGUAUUUCGUUCCGUCGUAUAAAAUACGCGGGAUGUGUUUUCAAUUCAACCGCGCGCGCACAAUAGUAUCGAAAUUAUUCCUCUCUAACGAGGGUAUUGAUGGUUUGAAAAAAAAAAAAAAUGCGUUUCAAAAUAAUUAUUACCUAUUUGUGUAGUAUAAUCUACAACCAAUAAUAAGUAUAUGAUAUCAAUUCAAAAUAGAAUUCUGUUUAUUUUUUCUUCUGACUAUUCGUUCGUGCAUUGAAAUACGAUAAUUUUGUUUCGAUAUUCAAAAUAAUAGUUAUUGUUAUUUUUCCGUAGAAGACAUACUACGGCUUUAAUACACAACUGAAUAGCCGAAUCUAUGAGUAAAUUUGAAGUUCGGUUCUUCUGAAGAGGGCGGCAGAUAUGCGACACAUAUUACUGUACUACGUUGCAAAAAAUGUGAAACAUAUUCAUCAGAUAUCGUUUUGGAUAUCAACUCGCACACGGUUUUUAGCGCAAACACUUUAAAUUACUCAGGGUGUCCGGUUCGGUUCGAAAAUUGCAAAUAAUCGAACUAAACCAAACACCCAAAAAUCACUCGAUGCCUAUUCUGCGCGGUCACCAAUACGAUGUUCUCGGAUGAGACAGAGCGGCCUUGUUAAGAAAAAUAAAAGAUCUAUAUUUUUCGCAUUAGUGGGUCUCAUAAACGUAAAUCACGGAGCCGAGCAGUUUGAAAACCUAGGUUUUUGACCUAACCUAACCUAACCUUUUUACUAUUUUAACGUUCGACUUUGAGUUCGAUAAAAUAUUUUAAGUUCUGUUCGGUUCGGGUUCGAAUAAAAAUGAGUAUGUUCGGUUCGUUAAUUUUAAGAAAAGUUCGGUACGAUUCGGUUUGACUUUAAAAACCAGGGUUCGUAAUAUCUCUGGACUGUUAAUCGAUAUAAUUUUUAGUCUUCUCGUAGUAAGAUACUAUAAGUUUGAGUAUGUGCAUCCGCCAUUUUGUUUGCAAUAAAACUGAUAGAUUAAAAUUGAUUGACUAUGAUAGCUAUACUGAUUACCGAACUACAGAAAUUUAAACUACAAAGUUUAAUUAAACUACUAAAACUAUUUAUUCAGCUAUUUAAUUAUUCAAUGUCAUUUUCUGCAGGAAACUGUACUAAUCGAAAUACUCAGGGCUAUCGAUUAUGUCGGUUUCCUAAAGACCCAAAACGUAAAAAUUUCGAACAAUUAAUAGUAGACGGGAUGAAUGGAUUCCAAGUUCCAACCGAUUCAACACGACUUUGCCAUUUAAGCAAACACACAUUUAUUUGUAUCACAUGUUUAUUCAUCAUCUAUACUAAAUUGUUAUUUGAAUAGAUUUAUUUUGAGAAUAAUCAGUUUGAACAAAAUCGAAUAGAUGGAACAAAAAAGUUGAUAUGCAAUGCAAUUCCUACUAUUUUUGAUAUUCCUAAUCCACAAAAAACAAUAACGACCUCCAGAAACUCCUUGUAUAAAGUAAAUUAUACAAAUUAUUUAUUAUUAUUAAUGUUGAAGCGGAUUGUGUGUAAAUUAAUUAAUUUAAGGUUGGUCUUAUUUGCUAAACUGCUUAACGUGCAGUAGUUCAAUAGUUCAGUUAAUUAGGCAGUAGUCCAAUUAAUAUAAUUACAAUUUUUUUAUAGAGACCUGUUACUGAUAACAACGUUUCCUAUCAGAUUGCAGAUACUGUUUCUGCCAAUGCAAAUACUUUUAAAGACACAAAGAAUUCAAUUUGAGAAUCUGUAAGCACAUUUCUGCAGUAAAAUUAGCUCUUUUUUCAACAAUGGCUCUUCUAAGACUUUUUUCAAUUACCAAGUUUAAAAAACCUAAACACUAACCUUAUUUUAUGUUUAUAAUACUUAUAUUUAUAUCUUAUAUAUUUUCAUUAGCAGCAACUGUUUUAUUUUCUGUAACCUGCAUCGGAUCAUCAGAUGUAGACAAACGAGCCAUAAUAUAUGUAGUGAUACUAUUAAUAUAGUGUUGCCUACAGUGCAGGUCGUUGCAUAAAUGAGUUAGGUACUUUUGUGUUCUUUAGUUAAGUAUUAUAAAUACUAGUAUUCAUAACCAAUGGUCAUAUUGAUCAUUCAAACAUAGAUUAGAUCAUACCAAAAUAUUUUAAUACUAAAUAACUAACAAUUAGUAUUGAGUAAUAAGCUAAGAAAUAAAUCGAACAACGAUUACAUUUAUACAAUUAUACAUAAAUCCAUAUGAUAUUCACAAUAUCAAGAUAUUAUAACGGAUUAUCUUCAAAUCUUUUGCAAACAAAAUGGCGGAUGCACAUAUCUGCUUCUGUAGUGCUAUACUCGUAGUGUGACCGCCGACGUCGUGGCUAUUAUGGGAUGAAUUUAUCAAACAGUCGAUUAUCUAGUUGUUUUAUAAAUCUUCAAAAAAAAAACCACGAAAUUCUUCUAUUCAUUAUCAUAUUAUAUUAUGAUGGGUAGUUAUGUGAUACGAGAGAUUACUGUCAAUAACCAUAUUUAUAGUAUUAUAACACGAUUUAUUUAAAGAAAUGAAUGACGUAGUACUAAAUUUUUAGUAACACAUUGAAUUGACAAAAAACAAAAAUUAUAGACUUGCACAUAAUUUUAAUCUUAUGGUUAACUGCAUAAAUGUAUUUCGGUUUUAAUUGUGUGUAAUUUAAUAAAGUGCUCGUAUACAUGCACUUGAGUGGAAUUUAAACAUAUUAUGACUUUUUUUUUUUUUCAAUUGUAUCAUAAUGAAAUAAUAUUCAUUGUGUUCGCGGUUGCUAUAUACACGAGUAUAGGUAUGAAAAAUACAAACAUUGCAUUAUAUAAUAUUAUCCAUUUUUAGUGAAGAAUUAAUAUUUAAAAUCGUGUCACGUAUAAUUUCGAUUAGCAUAAGUGGUCUGAAAUAGAGUGAACGAUGAACCUCAUUCGAAUCUAACCUAUAAAUUAAAAGUUAAAAAUAAUAAUAAUUUAUCAAUAAAUCGUAAAAUGUUUGAACGUUCAUCGAUUUUUGUGGAUUUCUGGAUUAGGUACCUUGGCAACAAAGGGGAAAUAAAACUAAUAAUAUUCUGUUCAGAAUUGUUUUUCGUUAACAAUGGUUUACAAUGGUUCGUUGCAUACAAAUGUAAAUUAAAUUAAUCUGUAUAGCUUCUUUUCCAACUUUAUUCCUAGAAUAGUGGCAUCAUACCUAUCAGCAGUAAUAACCUUUAAGUUUCUGAGCACAGCGUCGAAUUUGUGAUUUCUGCAAAUAACAAUAAUAAUGUGUUUUUUUUUUUUAGUUCUUAUGUAAAACUUCUCUAACAAAAUUCUUAUUUCAAUCAAAAGAUGAUAAGAGAACUUUUUGUAGAAUUUUGUGUAUAAUAUGUAAUAUUAGUAUAUUUAAAAGGUCUGUGUCUAUUUUAGAAAUUAGUUUUUAUCAUAAUUUUAAGAAAAACGAACAAUUUACGGCAAAAAUUUUAUCUUAACUAUUUGAAACACAAUUUUGUCUAGCAAGUGUUUAGAAAAGUAGUUUUUUAAUUUCACUUAUAUUUUUCCAAAUAAUUAUAAGAAACGUAAAAAAAAAAAAAAAAAGGCAAUAACGAUUCAAUUAUUUCGAUUUGGUUUGUUUGGUGUGAAUUGGUUAAAAUACAUUGUAUUAUAGUACUUACAUUUUUCUUUUCUAGACGUGGUAAAAUUUUCAAAUAGUUUGCCGAUUUUUGAGUUAUUUAUAAUUAUUUGUUGUUUGUUUUUUUAUUUUUUUAAAUUGUAUUUGAUUUUACGUGUAACAAGAAAAUAGUUUUAACCGCUUAGAAAUGCUUAAAAGUUUAACCGGAGGUUCAUUAUAAACGAGUGAUAAAAAAAAUUUAAGCGUAUGAAUAAUUUUAGUUUAUUUUUAUAUGUAUUUUUUCACGUUAAAAUGACGGACAUUUCCAAAUAUAGAUCAAAAUCGUAUUUCGUCAGCAAUGAUCUAUCGUUGCGUACAGCUAUAAAUGAAAUAACUUUAUGCGUCUUUCCUGUUGUUCCUCGUUGUUAUUCCGUACAGCGUACAGCUUUGUGAACGUUGUUCGAAUGCCGUGAACCGUGAACCGUUAACUACCUGCCUGCGUAUAUAUUUAUAAUUUCGUAGAAAUUAAACCGCGAAAAUUAAAAAAAAAAAAAAAAUCGAAAAUUAUUUAAAAUUACGUAUAUUAUCGACAAACGCGAAUAUCGUUUAAUAGACAAUAAUAAGCGAAGGUUUAACUUUAACGGUCGAUUAACUCGCGCGACGGAAACCGUGAAACAUUUCUUUUUUUGUCGCGAAAACUCUUAAAAUAUUACCGGCGUCAAAAGUUUCGCGGCGGCUUAUUAUAUUCGAUACAGUAAUUUUAAGUCGGAUACGUAUACAUAUCACUGACACCGAGACCGAAUCACGGAAUAUUAUUUCUCUCCGCCGCCGCGUUUUAAUUGGACCCCUCGGGGAACAGAACUUACGCGCGGUGCGUUAUUUUUGAUGAUUUAUAUCAUUCUACUUUAGUGUAAAUUAUAAACAUAUGUACGCACAUAUAUUUAUUUCAUUUUUCUACGACGGCGAAGACGACGUUAAUAUAUUAUCAUUAUCGAAAAUUCCAGAUCGCAACGAUCUGAUUCGUUUGCCAUCCGAUAAAAAAUUCGUACAAUUUAGUAUGAAAAGCUCGUCUGAAAAUAUAUUCGAUAAACGAAUAAACGCAUUUUUCGUUGAAUUUUCCUAUUAAUACUCCGAUACAUUUUUUUCUGAUCGAAAUUUCUUUAUAGUAUCGAACAAAUAUGUUAUUAGCAAUUUAUUACGCAUAUACACAAAUCGAAUCGAAAAUCAAAUAUUAUUCUUUUUCUCGUCUUCAAUCGGUUUAUACUUACUGCGGACUUCCAGCAUGCCUCCGCCCUGUUCGUAAAUUAAUCCCUUUGAAUCCACAUCGCUAUCAUUAUCCGCGUCUAUCAUUAUUAGUUUCGUUGAUACUCUAUUCUCUGAUCGUUUCUUCCACCGAAACUUUACUAUACUUCCCCUACUAUGGCGGUUUUCGUUAAACUAUCGUGGUUCGUUUGCUUUAACCUCUUUCAUUAUUAUUGUACAAUUUUACCGCUCGUCGAUAAAAGCUUUGGGCAAGCCCGUCGCUAGGGUACACGUAAAGCAUGCGUUACUCUAGGGCAACAUACAAUUUUAAGUGAAUCGAAGCGGAAAAAUUAUAUUAAUCAUCGUCAAAAAUGGCAGCAAUAAAAUUUUCGCUUACUGAGGGCGGAAAAUAUGUUCCGACGAGUCUAAGAGCUUAAGAUAUUAAUUAAGUAAAAACAAAUAAUCCUACUAAUAAUAUUAUAAAUGUGAAAGUUUUUGAGGACGUAUGGAUGGGUGUUUGUUAACUUUUCACGCAAAAACUACUGAUCGGAUUUUGAUGAAUUUUAGUAUAGAUAUAAGUGUGACCUUGGAGAAAAACAUAGGCUACUUUUUGUCACAAAUAUAAAACGUGAUGUAGACGAUAAAGAAUGGUGAAAGUUUUUUCGAUAUUUUUGGUACGAAAAUUAAAUUAUUUUUGUUGAAUUAUGGAUUACCACAAUAACAGAGAUGAAAUAAAAAAAAAAAAAAACAAACUAUGCGCUAUAUUGAGUGGGUAAGUGAAAAGUGAUAACAUGUAAAACGUCAUCUCUGAAUCUUCGUUUUUUUUUUUCUGUUCAGUAACAACACUACAAUACUGUUAUGUCCUCGUAAAUUUAGGGUUGUUAUUAUAGUGUAUACAUAGUUUAAUCCCUGUAAUUUGCGGGUAUCUAUGGUAACACGAAUGAAACACACUGAAACACUUGAAGUCCGUGGAAUACCGAAUUUCCACUAAUUUUUUUUUUAGUUUAAUAUACCGAUACGGACAAAACAAAACGGAAAAAAAGGCAAAAGGAAUAAAACAUUAGCACGGGCAACGCCGGGAACGUGGGACAUCUAGUUAUAACCAUAAUUUCGUCGAUAAUGUCGUACCAUCUAUACAGACGAAAACGUGCUGUACCGAAACUUGAGCUAAUGCAUACGCUGUAAUCGCAAUUCGCGACGUUCUAGAUUUAAUAGAAAAUAAUGGCGCGCGUGUGCCUGUUAUUUAAAGUUCAAUUUGUAAAUUGCUAAUAACUUCGCUUAGGUACUAUUAGCUAACAAACUCCGUGGUCUAAACGUACAUGGAAAUCUAAUGUUUUCCUCUUGCGCCGAUCUCAGAUUUAUCGAUUGACAUACAUAUAAUGUAAGUCGUGUAUAUUACAACGCAAAUCCACCAAUUUCAAAUAAGAACAUGUAAUUCUAUCGAAUGUAUCGUUUGACGGAGAGACGCGAUUUUGUGCAGAGUUUCUUACGAACCAUUGCUCGCAAUAUGCCUCGAUAUUUUCUGAUAAAAUGACUAAAUAAAACAAGUAUAAAUUAAAUCAAUUUGCUUCUUCGUUUUAAAACAGACAGAGGAGAAAAAAAAUACAUCGAUACGGGAGACUAAGUGUCGAGUAUUUGUCUCGGUUCAUCGGUUGCCCGGCGCGGUGACAUAAGGUUGGAUUAUUUUUCAAAUGUAAAAGCAACGAUUUGUUAUCUCGCAGUGUUUAGAAAUCAAUUGCGCAGUUAAAAGGGUUUUCGACCUUAAAAUACACGACGUGUCGUUGGCCUUAGUUUAAAUUUUAUUUCCGUGCGUUCGUGUACAAAAUAGAAACCGUUGAAUUGGAAUUUUUGAGUAUUUUCCAAAAAUCUUACAAUCCUUUAAGGUAUUAACGGUCAUACUUUUCUUAUCAUUUUAUUAUAAAAAUUAUAAGUAUUGUUUUCAAAAAUAUCUUAUUCCUAAAUUUUGUUUUUAACGUUAAAUUCACAGAGUAUUGUUAUCGAACAAUAUUUAAAAUAAAUAAAUGACAAUGAAUAAGGGUCUAAAUAGAUGGUGACCACCCAAAAAGUCUUACAAUAUAAUUAACGAUCAUUAUAACUAAAGACCGGAAUUAUACGCACUAAAAAUUAAAAUAAAAAAAGAUACUAAUAAUAUGAUGCAAAUAUAAUGGUCAAAAAUAACAUAAUAGACACCAAUAUACCCAGUAAAUUAGUGGACAAGUCACAUAUUUAAGGUUUCUUCCUUAAUAAAAGUAAAGCCAUGUAUUUGACAUAGUACAAUUAUUGUUAUAACGUAACAGAAUAAAAAUAAGCUGAAAGUCGUGGCGUGGACGUGAGAAGGUGAAGGCUUAGGCAUUGAAUGAAAUGAUAUUAUUGUUGUUAUUAUUACUAUUAUGAUAGUAGGUACUGAACUUGUGUAAUGUGUACACAAUGCUUGUAUAAUAAAAGUGAUAGUGUGUGAAUGUUAUGAACAGGAAAACAUAUGGGUCGAGAGGGCCAGGUGUAUUCCCGAACCCUAACUGAGAUGAGGCACGAGCGCACGUAUCCGGUUAGGUUAGACUGUUAAGUAAGGUCUGUGGUGCCUUGUCUGUACCCCGUAACUUAACCGAUUUAGGGCACAUAAUUUUACAAAAUAUAAAAUGAAUGCAUAGCGGCUCAGUAUUUUUUACACAAUAUACCAGUUUUUUAACUCUAUUUUAUCAAAUACAAUUAAUUCUUUAAAAUAAAAUAUAUUGUAUUAUGUAUUAUUAUUUUCACUUUUCCUUUAACAAAACAUAUAGGUAUUAAUGACAAUUUAAAAUUAAAAAAAUAAAUAUAAAUUUAUUUUAUUUGAAAAAUCUGUCAUUAGCACUGUUUAUCACUAAUCGUUAGGAACUAAUAAAUAUUUCUGAUAGCUCUAUAAACAAUAACAUAAGCUAUAUGGGGCUAGGACUACUCAUUUCCCAUUGUGUACGCCCCUACGAAACGCCGCGGAUACCAACCAAAUACGGAUAGACACUAACCGGAUUCGGUGAGGCACUAACCAGAUACCCUAGCUCAGUUGGGAUUCGAAAAUACGCGCUAUCGUCGACGGUGUGUCAAUAAACAAAUUAUCGGGCGCGAUGUUUUCCUAACCCAAAUCCUAAUUACCUAAGCGUCUAAUACAAGAACAUAAUAAUUAUCACUAAACUCGGUUGUCUGUAACAGCUAGAAAAGUAUAUGGAACGAAAUAUAAACGGGCGUUGGUUUCGACAAAUCGUUGCGUUUCGCACGCGCUAAUCAAUUAUCUAAAGUACAGAAGUGAUUAUUCGUAAAUAUAAAACUUAAGACACGGCAUCGGAUAGGUUCCUCAUAUGAACUACGAAAUGAACGGAUCCGUCGUCGUACCGUAGACUUAUUUACUAAGUGAUAAUACUACACGAAUGGCAACACUGUUCACCUUUAGGCAAACGAAUAACAAUCACCGUAGCAAGCGGACGCUUCCGACGCUGUAUCCACGGAGUCGUUUAAUGUUCACUCCGCUUUGUGGCGAUAUUACGUAGUUUGUAUGGGCCGCAUGCGGGCCGGUAUGAACGAAUUAGCACGUUCGAACGUAGGUAUGGCAAUAGCCAAAAGGCAGACAACGCCAACUGCCAUCCGCAAGAAGAUCCAAUAAAGAAAAGACCAAAUAUGGAAGCCAGAUACACGUACGGCAACUGCGACUACUGCAAAUGUAUCGAAAUAAUUAGGAAUUACCAUUUUACAGUAGCCCGAUUUCGGUUCUGCAAUAUCUGUGCAUGUAAUAGACGAACUAUUUAGGUAUGUUUGGAGAGAGUGAGCAAAAACAAACUGGAAAUGACGCGCGCCGCUCCUUACAAAUUAUACGCAUUCCGCGGUUCCCCACUUUAGCGACUCCCACUCGACUAACGUCUAGAGUCGACUAGAGUGUGGCACGCUUGGCGGCGACACAUGCAACUGACAGAUAUUAUUUUUGGAGAUGGUUAUGAAUUAUUCAAUCAUGUAUUAUGAGUACGUAGGCCUAAAUAUCUAUGCUCAAUUUCACCGCCGAUGUAAUCGCGAUUAAAAUUAUUGGUUUAAUCACUUGUUGAAUUUCAUCAACACUCAAUUCAAAGCUUAAUCAUGUUUAAACACUAACUAGUUAAUUUGUAUUAAAUGCUACGAUAGAAAUUUUUGGCCGAACAGAAAUUUCAAACGCACAAUUACAGACACUGUGUUAUUGAUUUUUUUAAGAAACGCCAUUUAAGAUCUAAAAUGUUAUAGUCUCUAUUCAGGAAUACUGAGGUUAUACUGGGGAUGGAAGGGGCCACUGUUGUAGGUAGGUAGUGGGAAAUGCGAGAUACAUAAAGUUAAUUCAUUUAUACCCGUAACCGACGAUAAACCAUUGAUAAUAUAAUUUGAUAAAAUAAUUACAAACCUAUGCACUAUAUAUUUUCUUUAAUAAUAUCUAUUUAAUAUUGUACCUAUUUUCCCGUUUCCCUACGUUUUUCCCCCCGGUUUUCCACAUCUAUUUUUAGCUAGGAAAAUCAAAAAAUGAUCUCACCAGAGUACCAUCCCGGACAGAUUUCCUUUCGGCAAAAAAAAAAUGUUAUAAUUGAAAAUCGGAGCACAAUUGCUAAAAUUGUAAACAAAUAUAAUACAUCAAUUCAGAUACAAUAUUAUGUAAUGUUGCACGCAAAAAACGCUAAAUGAAAAACACCAAAUGCAGGUUAAUCAACCGAUUACUUGCGACGCGAUCGAUUUAGAUAUUGUAAACGUUGUAUUUAAAUGAAACGAACCACGUGACGGACGUGAAACAAGUUCUCUGUGAAAUCUGCUGCGAUCGCGUAGCAAUUAUCUCUUAUCGUUAUCUGGAUAUUUAAAAAUGUAUUAUUAUUUACGUCUGCGGUGACAGGAAGAACGAAAUAAUAAACACGUAAACGAACAUAAUAAACGUGACAAACCAAGGUAACCACAGGUUGUACAGCAAAUGCAAUAUUUUAUUAUAACUGCACAAUACUCGGUGUCGAUCGUAAUAACAUUCGUAGAAAUAAAUGUUCACACGUCAUGACUUUAAGUGCUGCGAAUGACCCCGGGGAGUGCUUAAUACUCAGUAAAAUAAUUAUUAUUAUUCCUCCGUGUAAUAAGUACUUAUGUUACUAGACACAAUAUUAUAAACAUAAUAUUUUCGUAACAAUUUGCGGUCGUUAUUCAAACGCGGGGAGUAAAAUUAUACAUUUUCCCUGGGGGUUAAUACUCACCCCGGCCGCUGUCCCGAAAUAAAUGCUGGCCUAAACCCAACCGAUUUCAAUGGUAGGUACUUUCAGUGCAAGACAGAGUACAGAACAGUAGACUAGAGUAGAGUAGGUAAAUAGUAGAGAACAAUCCUCAGGCAUAAUAUUUAGUUUAAUUUGUUUACCGGAAUGCAAUCGCUAUGGGCGUCAUUGGAUUUAGGUCUUAUAUUUCGAAUUAUUCUUUUUUAUAGGUUACCCGGAUCACACAAAUGAAAAACAAAAAUCACUGGCAAGAAAAUCAAAUUUUUUUAAAAGGGGAUUCACUAGAUAGUCACGGCGUAUAGAUUAUCGUAAUGUUCGGGAACAGAUAGUAUACUUAUAUUGUAUCUCGGAUGAUGUAUCUCUAUCCGCAUUUGUUGUUCGCUCAAUAAUAGUCGAUGCUGCGAUAUUCGUUUAUUUAUUUUUUCGUUUUAAUCACAAGCUGUAUUUAACAUUAACAUUUAAGAGUGGCAAUAUAAUAAAAAAAUGUACGUCAUAAGAACGAAUAUUCCAAUACAAAGAUUCCCAAAGGGAAAGUCUAUACAGACCCACGGAGGUUUAUUCUGACGUGCACGGGGUCCAUGUUAUUUAAAACGAAAAUUGGGAGUGCUUGAGACGUAAAUAGACGUCGACGAGAGUAUAUAUAUAUAAAAAAAAAAAAAAAACACGAUUGAACGCGCUCCUUUUUCGUGCAAUAUAGAAACGAGAAACGGCAAACGGUUUCUGUUCCGCCGUACGAACAGGCGACGGGAACGGAUUCCUCAUGCAAACGAACUUUUCCAACACCGUAAAUAAUGUCGCGUUACAUCACGGCCGACCGACCGGAACGUUUUUUUUUUUUUUUUUUUUUUUUUUUUUUUUAUAGGAAACCGCGAAAAAACGCUUACGGCCGGCCCCGAGGCACCGAACGACGCCCUCGAAGCUGAAAAGCGGUACGAGCGCCUUAUUUAACACGGCGGCGGGCAUUUGGGUACCGACUCCGUACACGGGCGACCGCUAUACAUGGGCGGUGAUGACGUCGCGUCCGUCCGCGGUACACGCGCGGUCGCGAUAAACGAUUAUCGGGUUUGCGCAUAAGACGGCCGGGAAAUAUAAAACCGGCGCGCGCUCCUCGCACCGCGGCCCCCCCCCCUAUUCGUCAUUCGAUACUGCGGGUAAACAAACGCCUGAAAACGACAUGAUCGCCGUCCGGGUUCGUUUUCGACCAGACCCGCCAGACUUAAUAUAUCGUUCGGAAAUAUCAAUUACCCGUUGAAAGCGCCGACCGCGGGAGGUGGGGGCGGGGAGGAGUUUAGCGGCGGCGGCGACGACGACGACGCGCGAUCGCGCGAUAUGUACGUCGGCGGCGGCGAUUUCCGCGGAACGGACACGGACCGUUGCGCCGUCGGUCCCGGCGCGCCGCAAAAUAUUAUGCUAUGCGGGCCGUAUGGUUUCGCGUUUCGGCCGAGAAGUUUCCGGGAAGACGGACGAAGAGAAAAAAAUAAUAAAAUAAAUACGAAAAAAAAAAAAAUAAUAAUAAUAAAUUUCGCCGGGUUGGUUAGCGCGGUAGCGUGCGGUUGUCGGACCGCGGACGACCGUUCGACAGGUCCGACGGAAAUAUUGAUAAACGGCCCGUGAACAAAACGCUCGGCGAGUAUUAUUGUUCGCGCACGUCCUCGGGACCGUCGGUGCGCCGUGCGCCGCUCUGUACCCGCCUACUGCGGUAACUCGAUAACGCAUUAACACGUGGUUUCGGCGAAUGCGUUCGGCCCGUUGAGUGUGUUCAGUUGUCGACGGCGAACGUUACCGACGAAACCGUAUUGAUCCGGACGGUUCUCUAAACGAUAUCGAUAACGCGAAAUUGUCAUUAUACUCGCGGAGGGGGGCGGGGCGGGGGGGGGNGGGGGGGGGGGGGGGGGGGGGGGGGGGGGGUUGAUCGUGGACCGGCCCGCGGGAAAAUUUCCCCGCGGGCCAGCGCUUGUAAGAAGGCCGUCGUGCGGGGCCGGCGGUCGUUAUCGACGAGAUCGAUAAAAUUCAAAUAGAAAUUCAGGACGCGUUUAAAACGUAUUUAUUUGUUAGGACUGGGCCAAUACCGAUAACCGAUAGUGCCGGUUACUGGGUACGAGUUUUUUUUUUUUUUUUUUUUUAUCGAACCGAUAUGACGCGAUUUGUCGUUUGUAAUGGUAACGAUAAGGCCGAGAUGUAUUUUUAGGCGCGUGCAAAGCUGAUAAACGGUUAAUAAUACACCGUGGUUACCGCUUUAAUCGUUACAAUAUUAUUAUCGUUUAUCAACGGUAUUAUUAUCCUUACGGAAAUUCAAGAGUUUCACGGAUCCAAGGAAAAAUCGUUCAAACUUACUGAAAAAAAUUUCAUUCGUUUACGAACACCCGACACGACUAACAGGAAGUAAAUUUUCGAUUUUAUUAUUUUUUUUUAAUUUCCCGAACGUUUUUCACCCUAUUGUAAUGCACAGCGGUACCUAUUAUGGAUAAGUACAAAUAUCGAAAAACGUUUUGUAGAUUUUUCGCUAGUAUAUCCUUACGCAUAAAUAAUUUCAGCGAAUAAUCAAAAAUGCAAAUGCCGUCGUCACAGUCGCUCAUCGUGUUAUCUAAUAAUAAUAAUAAUAAUAAUAUCGGUCACGAAUCUACAGCUCUCCCGACUUUGUGGUUAGGUAGGUACGGAAAUUCCGCACAAUUAAACUACCUCCCCCUCUGUCAUUGACAUCCGGAAACCGUCUUCAAAGUAAACGCUACUAAUAUUAUUAUUAUUAUCGGCACCGAAACACAAUCGCAAUCAACUGCAGGUUUAUUUGAUGGUGCAGUAAGUAUUCUUACCCGUCCACGAGUCGAAAAACAGCAAAUGAUUCGGAUUUCCGGUACAACAAGUCUGUGAACAAGUUUCCGACCAGAAAACUCGCUCAGAAUCAUCAUCAAUGUCAGAGAUAGUAGACAAUUUUAAAUAUAUUCUGCGCGUUGGAAUGAAAAGUUAUCUGACGAUUCUUCGUUCAUUUUCUAAAGACGGAAUCACCGAACCUCCGACCUCCCCUUAAAAAAAUCGAUAGAAAAACAGAAAUACUUUAGCAACGUCGGAUUUCGUCAUAAUCGAUUUAGUAUGUUUUGUUCUUAAGUUUUUCAAAUAGAUACCGUGUGCAAACUUUUGUUUGCAUUUUUCAAUAAACAUUAUGUUUUAUUUCUAAAGUAUGCUGUACUUUUUUUCCAUACGCGUAUAUUCAUAGAAAUAGUUUUUUUUUUUUUUAAAAUCCUAAGCUCCAGUAAUAAUACAUUUAAAUAUGUGCUACGAUAAUUCAUCAGUAAUAGUUAAACAUGUUAUCCAUCAGUUACUAUACAAUAUCGUGCGAGAAAAAAAUGUUCGACACAAAUACUACGUAAAAAAAUAUACUUACCAUUUUAUGUAUAAUACUAGUUGAUGAAUCCGUUCGUUCAGAGCAAGUGAAAGUGUACGUUUAUACUGUGAUAUUGCAACAGGGGGUGGAGGGGGGGGUGAAUGAAAUAUAAAACCUAUAGAAAACGACGAAUAAUAUCCGAAGAUAAUGGACAGUGCUGCACGCGGAAUACGAUUAUUCAGCGCGGAAUUUCAUCUUUGGAUACCCGCGGAUUUUUGGAAUGUAUUAUUGCAAAAGCACUGAUAUCGAGUUUUUUCGGCGGGAUGAUUUUUCAGAGUAUAUAAUAUAACGGAUCUAACGAUUGCGUUCAAUCGCUUGUAAAAAGUAAAAAAGAAUGUAUGUAUAUAAAUAUAUUAAAUUGUACGAGGAAUACAGCAACGAUUUAUAUUCUCAGAGUGUGUUGCAAAAGACGAUAAUAUUAUCAAAACCGAGAGAGAGAAAAUAAAAACCGGGUACUUGUCUUUAAGAAUUAAUUUUAGUAUACAUUGAUAUAUAUUAUAGAAACGAUUUGUAGUGGAUAUAUGUGUACUUUUUUUUUUUUUUAAAAAAAAUAAGAAUGGUAUUUUGACAGUUUUGGAACGUCAAAAAAAAAAAAAAAUCAUUCCUACGGAAAUAACGUGUUCGUGCGGGUUUGAGAUUUAUUGCACCGAAACUAUUUUACGAAAUUGGUCAUUUUUUUUUGGAUUUUUGUCAUUUUUCGCGUGACACGCCGUGAUCCAUAAUAGGUACGUAUGACAGUCACUGUUGUCAUUUGUUGUACAAAAAAAUCGAACGGAAUCGCAAAUUUUGAUAAAUAUCCGUGUCGUCGUUGAUGCAUUGGUAAUAUUAAUUUUUCGAUUUCUUGAAACUGCGUGUAUAAUACAAUAGUACCCAAAUAGUUUAUGUAGUUUUUUUUUUUACUUAUUUAUCGCCGUAUGUCGACGCCCUCGAGUUUGCGGGUGAAAUAGGUUAUAUAGGUAUGCGUACACGUACACCGAUGUUAUUUUACUGAUGUUCAAUCUUUCGGUUGGUCGGCCGCGUUCUUCCCCGUUAAAACUAAAAUUCUUCGGAGCUCGUGAUAAAUUUGCAUUCCUUGAGGUUUUUUCGAUAGGCUGGGAUUUUCUGCUCCGGGUGUCAUUGUCUACCAAAUUUCCUAUUAUAGGGAACCCGAAUCUAUACGACCUAUCCGGCGUUCGGAAUUAGUGUAGCGCCAAAUUUAAAUUACCUGAAUUAUGUUCGAGUUGAAGGUAAUAUUUUUUUUUCGUUAUUUUGGUUUUUCUGAUGAAAAAACAAACACGAUAUCUCAAAAAACGUUCUUUAACGAACGAGUUGUCGCAAUCGUGAUUGAUUUUUUUUUUUUAAAAAUAAAAAAAAACGACCUGCAGAACAUUACAAAACGUGGAAUUAUUAAACAGCAUCGUUCCGGAAAAAUGUAUAGUUAUGUACAGGUAGUAGUUCCAUCGCGGUCUCAAGCGUAUCAAUUGAUUUGUUAGAAUUAUAUUUAAAAAAAAAAAAAAAAAAAAACGGAAAUUGCCAUGCAGUUUACAUAUUUUUAUCAGUCUCAUAUUAUAUUUUAUGGACUGAUAAUAACGUCACGGUUCCUUGGACCUGUGCGAAGUACGGCUUUCUUUUAGUCUAAGUAUUUCUUCGACAGUUACCGAACGUUUUUCGGUGAAGGCGGAUAGUUUUCCGUCGUCAUUAUUGCUCUCGAAAUCACGAUCGCGAGUUACUAUUACAUACAUUUUACAGAAGAUCGGGGUUAGAGAUAUUGCGGGGCAACAAUCAUAGUAAUUCAAUAGUGACUGCCAGGGAUGUAUAAAUUGGUUCUUAAAAGCGCUAUAUUCACGUGUCAUAUUAUUAUAUUUUAACGAAUCCUGGGCAAAAGUUUUAUCGACUGAACUUAUAACUUUUCGAUUUAUUAUUAAUUCCCAUUGGAUUCAAAUCAGUCUAUAAACUCAUUUUAUACCAUAUCGGUUUUAUAUAUUAUUGUCGAAAAAUCGAAUAAUAUUAUGUACGGGAAUAUUUAAUUGUAUAAAUAUAUAAAUAAAAAAUGUUUACAUACAAAUAAUAUAAAUAAAUGCUUUAAUGCGUCGCCUGGAGUAUUAUGAUACGACCGGUUUCGAAUUAAAAAUUCAUCGUCGGGUAUGUGACAGUCAGAAUGUAGAAAACUACGUUUUACAUUUUGACUUUUUGCGUUUUACAUUUUGACUGUCACAUACCCGACGAUGAAUUUUUAAUUCGAAACCGGUCGUACAAUACACUCAUCAUGAUACUCCAAGCGACGCAUUGAUUGAUUCAUUUAUUUUAUUUUUAUACAUACAUUUUUUAUUCAUAUAUUUAUUUCCUAUAUUUUCACUAUACUCAGUCUAUUUAUUUACGUGUAUGAACCAUUUCAACGAUUUUGUUUUUACUUUAUUAUUUUAUUUAUGUUUAAUUAUUCGCAACAGUAGACAGGUGCCGACCGUGACAGUUCACUCGAACAACCGCGUUUGAUAAUUUUUGUGCAAAAAAGCGAAUCGCACCUAAUAUAAUAUUUCACGCGCACGCAGCGGCGUAUUAUAAAAUCGACCAUAUGUGAAUAUCGAAUUUACGUGUUUACCGAUAAACCCAAUGUUAUGUUAUUGCUCCUCGGCACAACACUUUGACGGUUUUUGAAUUUGGGAAACAAAACAAAAUUACAAACGAUAAAACGAUUUUUUUUUUUGCUUAAUUUAGACCUUGCACUUGUCUUACGCCCAUUUACGUACCCUGAGUGUACCGUCCUGUUCGUGAUGUUCAUCAUUUUUUUUUUUUAUAGUCGGGAGGUUAAUUGGUUUUCUCUGACCAUGUCAAUCUACCAUUUACCCGAUUGGUGGUCUUCUCGGGAUUUUCUCGUUAAUUUCCACACUGUGAUCUCGUAUAUUCAUCGACCUUCUGAUCUCGAAACGCGCCCGGUCCAGUUUAUCCUUCGGAUUUUGAGAACUCCAACUAUAUCAGACUCGUUAAGCAUUGUCGUCCACCCUGCGUUUAGCGGUCGUUAACGUGUAUUCGUCACAUCGUUUCUGCCAAGACCAUGUAGUUUACGUAAGCACAUUUUCUCAAAUACUGAUUAUCUGUUUUCGACCGAUUUUGUUGAUGCGCACGUUCUACAUGCUCUGCAGUGCUCGAGGUCUUUAUUCAACCUUAUUUUCGUCCUUCCGGACGGUAAUUUCGACUGAAAUUAUAGGAAAAAUAAAAAAUAGCAUCACCUGUUUCCAGUCGUUAUUCUCCGGUUAAUCUCCUCGGGGAGACACGCAAAUAAUAAUAUAAUAUAUUAAUAUAAAGAAUACAAUAGUAAAUAGUUAUAUAUAUAUUAUUAUAUUAUUAUAUUAGAUACUAUCUAGGCAUAAGUACAUUAUCGUUCGAACCAGUAAAAAAAAAUAUCAUAUUCGGUGACAGAUCUAUUUAUUUUUGUAUACGAUACGUCGGGCUGAAGAAACGUAGACAUUUAUACACUCGUUCGGGUUAUAUAUAAUAUAGUGUCUGCAGAAUUCGCUAGGAAAUAUAAAGAGGUGACGGAGAAACACCAAAGAAGACAAACUACCCGUAAAAUAUUACAUAUAACGCUAUAAACAUUACCAUUUUUUUUUUUUUUUUUUUUGACGGGGAGAGGACGAACACAAAGACUAGUCGCUGGCUGCGAUCAAUCAUCAUCACGCCGAAAUUAUUGCAGUGUUCCAAACCGAAAUCUCUGGAAAACAUUAUAUCGUCGACCUUUAUAAUACAAAAUCAAUAAAGUAUCGUAUAUGUAAUAAUAUGGAGCACAAAGUCGAUCGGACGAUGAUGGUAAACGCGGGAUGAAAAAUAUGCCGUUUAUGAAUUAUUAACGUCUUAUCACUGUGUGCGGGAAUUACGAGUACCCGUUACAGACUAUACAGACGGAAAAAGUAAACGUACGCGGUAUUAUAAAUGUAUAUAUAUUUUUAUUAUUAUUAUUUUUUUUUUUUUUGGUCGCCUGCUGUAAUUUACAUUACAUAGGCGGCACUCCUCUGUGUAUUUACAGACCGUAUCCGUGAUCAACCCGUGCCGCAUUGGGUUGCUGGUUAGCAACCCCGUUGUGGUUUUUCAUCGUAUUGGUUUUUAUAGGUUUACACGCGGAUCGUCGAUACAAUACCGCCCGCCGGCGUGUUAUUAUUGUUCGAAUACGCGAACAUUAUUAAUUAUUAAUACUUUCCGGAAAGCACAACACUUGAACACCACUACAACCGUGCAUAGUGUUUUCGCCAGUUUAGACCGUCCGUAAAACGUAAUUUAAUAAAUAAUAUCUAAUGGUCGACGGAUAUAAACCGCGUUUAAAGUGACGGCAAAGUGUCGGCGGAGCAUUUAUUAUUAGAACUGUGAAAAUUCAAUGCACCAAAAACCGUCGUAAAAUGCAUUAAUAAAAUCUCAUUAAAUGCUGGCAAUAAACGUUAACGCUUGAAAAUUACCGAAUAAUAUCAAGAAAAAGUGCAAUAUGCAAUUUUAUGUUCAGAAACGUAAUAACCUCUCUUUAGAACUCUCUUACCUAUUUAUAUUAUUAUCUCUCUCUUAUUUUGCCUUUAUUUUUCCUUAUCAUUUUGUGUUGUCAGUUAUUUGUUAGUGACUCAUUACAAAAUAAAUUUCAAUAUUGAUUUUUUUCCGGUAUUGUUGUGUUUAUUUGUAAUUUUAUUAAUUAUCAAUUAAAUAGAAAACAUUAGUUUUGUUUAUUACGGUAACUUAAUAAAUAUGUACAGAGACGUGAGAAGACUGUUGAUCAUAAUGUCGAACACACAUAAAAUCAGAUGUGAUAACAUACUGUUAACACAAUAUACUUAACCUAAAAGGUUAUGCUGAUAAUGCCAUUAUCACACAACAAAGUAUUUCAAUCAGACAUUGCGUUAAUAAAGCUAUAUCUACUUAAAAUUCCUAUAAAUGUAUAACUUUAAUUAUUACAAUAAUAGGUAUAAAUAUAAAAUCUAAGCGCUACAUUUGAUUUUGAAAAUUAAUAUACUUUAAUAGCUACGCGUUCCUAGACACAAUACAAAUAUCUGAUAAAAACUGCAGUUCUUUACACGAGUUUGGGAAAACGUGAAAGAGAAUAUUUACAUGGAAAUGUGAUAUAUUCGCUUACCGAAACGAUUAUUUUAUCGUAGGAAGUUCCUUGGUUGUAAAUUUGUGAGACUUGGAUAACGACCGGACAGAGAAAAGAUUAAGAGUUUAAAUUGUAUAGAAGAAAAUCCGUGGGAUCGCCAUUGAUGAUGUGACGGAGAACUGGUGAAAAAGGUUCAAUAGAGAACGGUACGAUAUGAUGGAACUAGCACCAGUGCCAAAUUCUAUUAAAACGCAACGAAUGCAUUAGUCGUUUGGUCAUAUAACGAGGAGAUGUAAAGAUAGAACAUUUGAAACAAAAACGGAGUGGAGACCUAUAGAGGAAGAAGACCUCGCGUAAGUUCCGGGAAUAAAUGGAUGGACGAAUUAGAAGACGACCUGAGAUUCUCGGUAUUAAAAACUGGAGAGGCGUAUCUCAAAGAGAAGGUAUGGCUGUAGAAGAAGAGAAGAAGGUGUUUCCGAAAUACGCGUAUUGUUCUCGGUAUAGGUGCGCUUAUGGGUUCGUGAAAGCUGCGUAUCAGUCGAGGAAAAAACGGUCGUACAGUUUUGUAGGUCACGAUUUCCCGAGUGUUUGCGGUAACUAAAAUAUUUCAGGAGACCGUUCGGAAUCGAUUGAACGCCAAAACGUAUUAUAGGAAACAACUUUUUAUCUGAAUAAUAUAUUAUAAUGCAUUUUAGGAGACAAUACCGUAACUUUCACGCUGAACUUGCUCUGCGGCGAAUUUCGUAUACCUUCGUAUGUACGGCUAAAACAAUUAAAAUAUAAAUCAACGCGACACACGCGGUCGUUACCGCGAUACUGAGUUAUGGGUGUAAGGAAUGCUUGUGCCCUACUUUUUUUUUUUAGAUUUUUGAAAAGGAUUAAUAUAUUAUGCGCUUUCGGGAAAAAAUUAAAUGUAAUGCGUUCUGUCUGUUAGCACGGUUUCGUUCCAAUCAUCAACGGUUUCUGCGCGUGUACCGAAUUCCGUCUGCUCGAUGAACGGAGGUCAUUUUUCGAUAUACAAAACGUGAUUCAUUAAAUAGUUAUUCUUAUUGGCCGUAAUAAAAAAAAAAAACAAAAAAACAAAAAAUAAUAAAAAUAAAUACUCGCGUGCAGCUGAGCCCCGUCAUUAUGAUAUCGAAUUUCCACACACCUAUUUUGUGUUACAAAAUUAAUAUCCUUUGGAAAAAACAAUAAACGACCGAAUACCAUAAUAAUAAGAGUAUAUAAUACGUUAUGCUCGCCAUUUCGAAACAAACGAUGAAAUUUGAGCAUACAAAUAUCUAUAUGGUAAGGGCGGGGUUGAAAAUGGCACUUUUUUUUUUACACAAUUUCGUAAUCGUUUAAAGUUCUAACUUCGAUGAUAAUCGUAAAAUCCGCGCCAAAUGUUUUGAAAUAAACGCAUUGAACGCGUUUUUAACCACCCGAGCGUCACUCAAAAUUGCUUUUCCUUAAUAUUGAGUUGCGAACGAGUAUGAAUCAAAUCGAUCUAUUUAUGGCCUACGUUUUCGACGCCCCACCCAUAACCGUGGCGCAGCAGAAUCGGUAGUGUUUUCUCACCUUUUUUUUUUUUUUUUUUUGUCGAUGAUCCCUAAAAUUUUUUUCACAAAUAAAACGUUAAUUUACACCUAAUGAAAUUCAACGUGCCCGCAACAUUAUUAUUAUCAAACACAGAUAUUAUAAAUCUAUCAAACGGUCCUCCCACGCUCGUAAAAAUAAAAAAAUGUCCCGAGUACAAAAUAUCGUUGUAUACGCAACGUACAAUGAAAAUUAUUUUGCAACGCGAGGAUAUAUAUUUUUUUUUUUUUUUUUAUGGUGAUUAAUGGUGCGUUAUUUUUAUUGUUAUUUAUAUACUUUUUAUUAUUAUUUUUUGACGCGUUUUUUAAUAAUAAUGUAUAACAUUAUAUGUUUUUUACAUAGUGCCAUAUAAUAAAAUAAUAAUAAACGCCUACGAAAUACGUUUUUUUUUUUUUUUUUACGCGUUUCUGAAGGGUUAAGCAGGUUAAAGUGUCACGUGCAAUUAUAUUGUUAUUCUCUCCAUAAAAUCGAUUACAAUACCAACGCAUUUUAUUACGGGCCUUAGGAAACUCCGGAGUCCGGGCGCGGUUUCGAGUCGUGCGGUGUUAUCGCACGACAAAUGGAAAACGCAAUAUCAAAAGUAAUAUUGAACGUGAUGUGUUCGCCGCGGCUUUUGUUCUCGGUUUCCCUUACGGUUUCGUUAAUAAUUACCGUUUCGGGGAACCGAGGAGAACCGGGUAGAUAAAAAACACAAUUACCGAACGGUUCGGUUCUUGGCGACGGCGUUUCCGGCGUCUGGAGUCCAGACACCGGACGCGCGGUGAACCCGGCCUGGGCCCUCCGUCGGGUCCGGUGACCGUUUUCCCAGACUGUUUUCUGACACGCCCGGGCAAAUCUAUUUUCGAAAAACCGUUAGCUCACGAUCGUUUGGUCAGUGACGCAACAACGAUAAUGUUACGCUCGAGGUAUAAGGUAACGUAGGUAAAUCGAAAAACCCGGCCGUUUAUUGAACCCGCCCGACGACAUUGGCCGGACUCUCGGCCCGUCCUCGGGUGUUUCCAUUGACCACCGGUCUCCGCCAGAGACUUUUCCGGCAUAGCUGUUUUCAGACGCCCGACGGGAUACGCGCGUUUAAUACAGUAGUGCACGUAAAACGUAUAGGAACCGAAUAGCGCGUUUCGGUAUCCGAUUUCGAGCGGACAACCGUGACGACAAUAUCAAACGAAACGUAGCAUAUAAGUGUGUUAUCAGAUCGACUAAUGCCGUGCUCAAUACAGGGCGAUUUUUUUUUUUUUUGUUGACGAACCCGUAGAUUUCCACGCGAUACAGGGCGAAACAGCGAGUCAGUCCCGGCGGGUUUUCCCCGGCCAUUUUAUGAUCGUUGUUAUCACGAUUUUAAACGCGAAUCGUUCUCGUUAACAUUUCGUAUUAUCAGAUGGAUCACGCAGUGUACAGAUAAAAAUAUCAUCUAAACGAUAACAUAGAUAUGGGCGUACUACAUUUUAUCUUCUAACUGUAUGAAAACCAGAUAAUAACAUAUGUUCUUAUUAUAAUUACAUUCGUACGAAAUAUUUUUACUUCUUAACAAAUGGAAUAUGAAGAUAAUUCGUAAAUUUAGUAUUAUAUUAUCAAAAGUCCUCAAACGUCUCAUUUUUUUUUUUUUUUUAUAAUCAAGUCUUCAAAAUAUACAAAUAUUUCAUAUUAUAUUGUACGAUUGUAUGUUUUGUACUAUAUAAAUUGAUUUUUUUGUAUUCAAAACCAGAAUGCUUAGUACUCACGUAUAUGUAUACAUAAACUAUUUUGAAUAUUAAGUAAUAUGUUUUGAAUCCGAAUUACUUACCAUCUAAAAUUAUAUUUGUACGAAUCGUUUUUAGAUAUUACAUUUAUUAUUCAUUUUACGUUACCCGCUAUCCAGAUAACUGUAAAUUUUAUUUCAUUUAAGAUUUAUAUCUUCAGUCAUAAUCUUUAUAUUUUCCCUAUAUACAAACAUUAUUAAAUUAUUAUUUUUUCCGCGUGCACAAUAAGAUGAUUACCGAUAAUUUUCAAUUUUUUCGACCAAUUCACACGGACGAUUUUGAACCCUGGAAAAACGGUUGGAAAUUGGAAAAAUCGAAAAUCUAAACGUUGCAGGCCGUCGUUUCGAAAUCGAAUAUAGGUACACGAACGUAAAACCUUUGUAGUAUUUUUCGAUAAUUCAAUUUGGAUUAUUUUUUUUCCCCCCCGGAUAUGCCAGAAAGCCAGACAAUAUGCAAUCGAUUAUGCAAACCGCGUAUUGGAUCUUUUUUUUUUUUAAUUAUUUUAAAUCUCUGGAAUCUCUACACCUGCCCGAAUAGACACUUGUCUUUAUUUGAAUAAUCGACCGCGAGGAAUAAAUCAAAUAUUUUAUUUUCUGACGGGGUCAUCGGAAAUGACGCGUGGAGUACUGCGAUAGGGUUUUUCGAUUUGAAUAAUAAUAUUAUUUUGCCCGUAUAUAUAGUGAUAUUUUCGGACUUAUUAUUCGCGAAUAUUCUCGUACAAUACGACAAUAAUAUUAUGUAAAUCUUGAACGACAAUAACAAUAUUGAUAUAUUGCAUUACAGCGGCGGUGGUCCGGUCACGAUAUGUGGUCUGAAACGUUGAAAAAACCGGCCAAGGGGAAAAAUGAUAUAAUAUAGAAAAUACGAACGAGUAAAAUUUAUUAUUAUGGCGUAAAAUUCCGCGAUUCGAGUGUCGGGUUGCAAAGCCUAUCGUGGAAAAAUAUUCAAUGCCCUUAAUUUUCCGGCCAUUAGUUCUAAAACGGUGGAAGAUUUGUAACGUGACCAGCUAUUCUUUCACCGUACGCCUGAAAAAAUCACGGAACAUAAGCUCAAAUAUUCCAAUCAUAUCGGCACAUGGUCGAAAAUAGUCCUCGGAUUUGUUAUGCUUCGUCGCUGGGUUCGAACUAGGUGUGAGAGGAGCCAAAUGUGUGUAUCACUUUUUCCACGGACUUCUUUGGUCGCGCGGAAGGGGGGAGGAUUGCACGAGAUUCGAGAGACCCGUAAGUUUUAAGGAUAAUAAUUUAAGUCUAGGAACGCGCAAUUAUCGGUUAUGGUCGAUGAAGAAAAUUAAAAAUCAAAUAUCGAUUAAUUGUGUAUUUCGAUCAGUAUCGAUAAUAGUUUAUGUUGAUAACGUUUUUUUUUCCCUGUUGAUUACCGUCAAAUGCUAAUGAUAAGGACUAACGGGGAACAUGACCGCUGUGGUUAUAUAAUAGUUGCUAUAGUACCCAAUUGUUUUUCUUCGUUUGUUCUGGAAAAAUAAAAAACUGUCAUAAAUAACUAUCGCACAUGCCUAAAUAUAUCUGUGUCUAUAAACGAGAACUUAUGUACCGCGAGUUAAAAAAAACAAUGAUUUUAAAAAAAAAAGAAAAAAUGACCAAAAUUGAUAUUGACGACCUUUCGUUUUUGGUUUCAACAAACCAAGAUAAUUAUUGUAUCGUCGCGAACCAGCGCGAAUUAUCCAAACGAUGAGAUUUUGAGAUUAUUUCAACAAUAAUAGAUAGUAAUUAUAGACAAUGAUUAGUUUAUUAUUUCAAUAUUAUCCUUAUCCGAAAUUCGAUAUCGUCAAAACACUUUAACGUCUAAUCGCGUUGAUAAUAUUAUCACGAUAUAUUUUACGUUUUUUGGGAACGCCGUUAUUCUAAAAGUCGUUAAGCUCAUCAAUCGCGUUAUUAUAAGUGUUUUUUUAAUUUUUUUUUUUUUUUACAAAAAGUUUUCGCGUUCAGUUUUGAGUCCCGGCUUUUAUAUUUAACCGUCAAGUCGGUAUAUAGACACACGUGCGCGGUCUAUAUUUACAUCGCACAUAAUCAUCGCGAGUUACGUAAAUAUUUUUUUUACCCACGCCAUGAUAUUGUAUUAUUUUUCUUUGCAGUCUUUUUUUUUUUUUUUUACUUCGAGAAAAGAUAAAAUCGUUUUUAAUCGAAAUUCGAAAGAAUUCAAUCUCCGUGAAGAAGUAACCCACACACACGCGCGCGCGCGCACGCACGCACGCACAAGAACCCGACGGAAAUGUUAAGUAAACAUAAAAAGUUUAAGGAUUUGAAUUUACGUUAUAUUUUCGUCUCUCUCUGAUCCCUUAUAACAAUUAAUACACUUUGUUUAAUUUAAAUUAUUAUACGAACACUCGGCGAUAAUAUAUUAUUAGCGCGAAAAACUGUGAGCCGAAACAGCAGGAUUAAAAAAAAAAAAUAAUAAUAAUAAUAAAAACUGUGAAAAAUAGAACGUCUAAUAAUUUAAAAAAAAAACCUCCGUAUCGUAAAAAAUAUCUGAGGAAUUCGUUGAAAGCGUCGCGGCGUAUGGAAUCUCGCGAAUAAAUAAAUUUAUCGUCUUUGCGACAACGUUUUAACAAAAUAUAAUAAUAUCUGCUGCAGCCAUAUAAUUAUUGUUGUUGUUGUUGACGAAUGUCCUUAAAAUGUUUUGUGUUCCGUUUUCCGCUGCGCAGGUUUUUUUUUUUUUUCGACCGUAAGUAUUAUUAAUCAUUUGUUUUUUUUUUUUAUUAUUAAUGCGCUUACAGAGGUAAUUUUAAUCCUUAGUCAUCAUUUCACAUUUAAAUACUAUUAUUAUUAUUAUUAUACAACUCUCCGCCGCCGCCAGUAUAAUUUAUACACAACGAUUAUAAUGAUAAUUUUCUGUAGAAUAUUAGGCGAUUAUAUAAAUUAUGUAAUUUUGAAGUGGGUGUACCUGUAUUUCUUUCGGUCCGAUUUAAGUGUAUUAUACACCGUGAGUUUCAGCGCUGCAAAGAAAUGGUAACGCGAAAUGUAGCGGCCGGACGGACUUUUAAAGACGGAAACAAGGUUUCAUUUCGUUCAAAUUCCAACGUAGGAGUGUACGUACAAAACACGAAUAUUAUUUUCAUAUAUAUAUACAUUUUUUUUUUUUUUGUUUAAUCGACUCUUCUUUCUUUUAUUUAUUUUUUUAUUAAGUUUAUAUUUUUAAUGAAACUCGAUCUUGGGCCGUUCGUUUUGAUUCCGGAAUCCGGAUUUUAUACCGGGAUUUUAGGUAGAUAAUUUUGUUGAAAAUACGUAAGAGUGACGCAAACAUUACUAUUGUAACGCUAAACGUGAUGAGUUUUCUUUUAAAAGAACUUGACAAUUUUUAACCAAAUAAUUUGCCCCAGCACUUUCUAUCCCGGAAGUACGAAUAGAAAUAUUCCAAAUUAUUUCAACAACGCGUCACUGCAUUAUUUUUACAGAAUAUACAAUACUUAUUACAGAUUAACUAAACGAUUUUGAUUAGUGUUUCUUGUCGGUUUUAUCAAUUAACAUAAUAUUCCGUUUUUUAUUAUUCAUUGAUAAUACAGAUAGGCAUCUCCUAAAUCUUGUUAAAAUCGAAAUGAACUGUUAUUUUUAAUAAACUACACCAAACUAUAUUAUGUUCUAUUAUCGUAUUAUAACUGUUAUAAUUAAUAUGCUACAUUAAUUAUUCACUAUAGAUAAUAAUAUAAAUCCGCAGAGACUACGAAAAAAGUACAUAAUUACAAUGUUUAAAAAUUAAUUGGUACAAUAAAAUGUUAUGUUUAAUUUACAAGAGCUGUUAUUUUAAUUUUAAACAAGACACAUGGAGAAAUUCCCCUUGUAAAUAAAUUCAUAUAAAAAUGUAUACACAGUUUUACGAACCACUGAAAUUAAAUAUUCAGGAAAAAUAACGGUACUAAUUGAAAACUUACCUGCCUUUUGUGCCUAUGGAUGUUCUCUUAAGAUUAUAAUACGUCAUAUAAAAUAAAUAAUACUAAACAAUAAAGUUAAUGAAAAAUUAAUAGUAAAAUUAACUUUAAAUAAUGUAUAAAUUUGCUUUGGACUAAGGGAGUUCAUUGAAAAAAAUAAAUAUCUAGUAAAUUAGUUCAUAAUUGAGUUUAUAUUUUAAAUAAAAAUUCGAAAAAUCUCGAUUUGUUUUUUCAGGAAGUUUAAGGCCUAUUUCAGAAAUAUUCAUCCUCGCGGUGUGCACGAGCGCAGACUAAUUUGCAUUUUCUUCGAUACGAAACUCCUAUUUUUAUCACCAGAUUCAAAUAGUAUUAACGGUUUCAAGCAUCUUUAGCUAACGUAAUUUUUGUCUAUCUUAAAAAUACGCCCAAGAAAUGAAUAUUACAAUGAUUUUUCAAACAAUAUUAAAUGCACGACUUCAAAAGUACAGAGAUUUGACAACUCUUUUUGGGAGAAAAAAUUAUAAGUGAAAAUACACAGUAUCACAUUCAUGCAUGCGUUUUAAAUUUUUGAAAAACCAUAUUUAAUUUACAAUAGAUAAUCUUAUAGGAUACAUAUUUUAUCUCGGGUAUUUUUUUAUUAUAGAAAAAAAUGUCUACCUUUCGAAAUUCCUUGCAAAGCUAUUCGAAUCUGGUAUACUAAAAAAAAGGCGGUAUUUCAAAAUGCGUACAUUGAAACAUCAGAUUUUCCUACGUAGAAAAAAAAACACUCUCAUUAAAAUUUGAGUAUACGUCCGGGUUAAAAUAUUAUUCGUUUUACCAUUUGAGUGAAGCACACUGUAUAAUAUAAUAGAUAUAAGUGUUCGGUUAUUCAUCACACUAUAAAAAAAAAAAAAAACCGUAGACGAUGAAAUAAUAAUAUUAUAACAAGAACACUAUUAUACACUCUGCAGCACUCACCAAAGACGCUAUAUUUUUUAAUGAAAACAAAACAAAAAAAAAAUCGCGAAAAAUAUUAAUAUAAAGUUAAAAUAAAAAAAACAUAAUAUCGGAUUUCUUUGGAUAUUAUUAUUAUCAUUUAUUAUUGUUACUAUAUUCGGGAACGAAAACAAUACGUUACUAUAUUCAACCGAAAAUAUAAUAACAAUAAUAAUUUCAUCUCUUAUAACUGCAUCCGUGUCGUUAUAAUUGUGACGCGGGCGCAGCAGAUAACUUUACGGGGUUUUCGUAUUUUUUGCUUUCCUGAACCAUAACGAUUAUUACAAUUACAUAUUAUAACUACCCGGAAUCCGGUGAUCAUAGACGCAAUAAAGUCGUUUCUUUUUUGGCGGUAGCGUUUUUUACGUAAUAAUGCGAGCAAAAUAAAAAUACAAAAUAAAAAAAAAAAAAAUUAAAAUUUUUCGAAGUAAACAGCUUUGUAUUAGAAAACCGUUUUUAGAAAACAGAAUUACACAUAUAAGUGUGUACUCUAUUAAUGUCAACUAAUGUAUAAUACUUAUAUGUAAUUAAAGCAAUAUUUCUGGUAGAAAAGUUAUUUACAGAUACCAAAAGAAAAAAAAAACACACAUCACAGUAAAACUUUGCAAAAGUUUGCAAAAGUAACAGCUUACUUUGAAAAACAGCUACUCAUUUUUUGAUCUUCAUCUAUAUGGUGGUUUUCUAAAGAAUUGGGAAGAAACGUAACGUUUAAAUUAUUAUUGAGCAAUUGAGCUAUUAAUAUUUAAUUACAUUUUUCUAAUUUUUCAGGUCUUAUGUAGUUUUAAGUGAAUAAAAUUGUUGUGGACAGUCUAUCAAUAAGAUUCAUCAUAAUCCAUAUAAUUUGUAUUCAGUAAAUGAUGGUUGGUAAAAAGUUAAGUACAAUGUAAUAUUUUGUUUUUUAUAAGUAAAUAAUGUGAAAAUUCGUAUGAAAUUCUUAAAACUCGUGACAUAUCACAGUAAAACAAUCUAUAUAUUUCUACCAAGAAUCUUGCUCAGCCAUCAACUUUGAGGGAGAUUUCUGGUUACAAAUUAGUUUAACAGCUACUCUGAAGAAAUCAUUUUUUGAUUUUCAUCUAUAUGGUGGUUUUCUAAAGAAUUUGGAAGAAACGUAACGUUUAAAUUAUUUUUGAGCAAUUGAGCUAUUAAUAUUUAAUUACAUUUUUCUAAUUUUUCAGGUUUUAUGUAGUUUUAAGCGAAUAAAAUUGUUGUGGACAGUCUAUCAAUAAGGUUCAUCAUAAUCCAUAUAAUUUGUAUUCAGUAAAUGACGGUUGGUAAAAAGUUAAGUACAAUGUAAUAUUUUGUUUUUCAUAAGUAAAUAAUGUGAAAAUUCGUAUGAAAUUCUUAAAACUCGUGACAUUUCCAAAUACGCUAAACCGAACGUCACUCAGUGUAGGUUUUUGUUAGCACUGAUUCCUAUUGUAGAGUACAGAUAUUAAUUAAUUAACUUUAUGUACUUAUCCUACCUUUCCAACUUCUCAUCUAUAUCAGCGGUACGCCCAUCAGCAGUAUCAGCACUUUUUUUUUCGUUUAGUUUUUUAUUGUUAUCAAAUUCUCCUCCCGAAAAUACAUUAUUUGGCUACUAGCCGUUAUUGCAGCUGACGCGUGGAACUUUAUCGAUCAAACACUUCAGGGUAUUAUUGACGUACUUGGGGUGAAAACCUAAGAAAAAAGUAUAUACAAAAAACAAGGAACGGUCUGUCGAUGUAUUAUUAUUGUUCUCCCGGCAAGCUUUACCGCAUUGAUUGUUUCCCGCCAUAGUUUAGCAGCCGACGACCGAACGACUAACCGACCGACGACAACGAGGGUUGUCUCCUUCAGCGUCUAACCUAUAAUACAGAACUUAUAACGUUAUUCACUUAAAGUCCACAAAAAAACGCUUAAAAACGUUUAAAAAGCCUCAAAAUCGGACAUGAAGAAAAAACAAAAACAAAAAAAAAAAUGUUUGUAUGUUUUUAAAAGUUCCUUUUCUAAUAACUCAAAUUUAUAAAAUACAAUUUUCGAACACUGCAAAAGUGAUUAACACGAGUCUUUUUAAUUAAAAUUGUAAAUAUUAUAAAAAACAUAAAAUUAUUUUGUAUUAAUAGUUUGUUUAGUGUGAUAAAAUUACAUUUUAUGGUGGUUGGAGGUGGAAAUUUUAAACCACUCAGAACCCUCUGUCAUUUUUGGUUUUUAGUUAUUUUUUUUCAGGGCUCUUUUGACGUUUUUAAACUAUUUUCUGUGGAUUUAAAUUCAUUAAGUCCCAAGCCUUAAUGCCUAUAAAAUAUAAUAUACUUAAGUCGAUCGACCGAACGAGAAAUCCGAUAUUUUUUCGUACAAUAAUAUUUCAAAAAUCGGACGCAACGACCAACCGACGUCGACGAACUAAAAUUUAUUCCAAAACGAUUAUACUCAGAUCAAACGAAAAGUUUGGUCGAACAACUGUUUAGGUUCUCCGAUUAUCAAACUGAUCAGACGUGUGAGCCACUAUAACAUUAUAGUUUUAUGGAUCCCACGGUUUGACGACCGUUGCCAUAGGAUAGACAGCCGGACAGUCAUGUGUAGGACGCGGAACCCCGUUAAUGCAGCGAAUGUGAAACCAUAUACAGAAACUAGACAUUUGCAUUAGCCCGAGCAUGCAUCAAAACAAGAAUACCGCCAUCAUAAAAAAAAAUAAUUUAUUUAUAUGUAUAUACAUACAUUAGCAUUAAUUUAUAUUUUUUCCGAGGCUUUUCACUAUUUUGUUGGAAUAAGAAGACAGAUAAAAAGCCUGGCAAUAUAGAUAUUUCACUGUUGCCGAACCGCUCCGUUUCAAUAUACCAAAAAUAAUUUGAUGUUACGGUUCUCGCGUAUUAUCGCACUGCCAUGCAAAUUGUCUACUUCAAAGGGGCCGGUGACCCACCCGACUUACAAUAUUCCUUUGUCGAUUUUAUGACGACUAGUUAAGAACCGGUGUAACGUUACACUGGCACGUGGUACUUGUACUUUUUUUAUUAUUAUUAUUUUUUUUUUUUGGGGGGGGGAGAGGGGGUUGGGGUGCACACAUUUUGAAUAUACGAUUGCUAAUUCGUAAAAUCAAAAUUAUUGACAGAGGUUUUAAGUGAGCGGUAUGGAAUUCGGGUAUCACCAGUGCAUCGCACCUGGCAAGUACUACCCUACAAUUUUCAUAUUCGUACAUACAAUUAUUAACAGUCAGUGUUUUCUAUUUUAGUAUCAUACAAAUAGAUUUUUUUUUUGUGUUCUUGAAAAAUACGCAGUAUACGUAUCGGUCUGAACGGUUUACACAAAGUUUACUUAUAUUAGCCGUGAUAUUACGAAUUUUUGAUUGCGUUUUUGUUUUUACCAAACGAACGCGACGGAAAGGUAAUUUCUUAUUUCGCGCUCGCGUCUCUAUAUUAUGAUUAUAAUACUAUUAUAUCCGUAGUUUCUCUAAACUAGUAAAGUUAUUUUAGUUUAUACUCUGUAUACCUACGUUUCAAAAUUAUACCAAAAAAACGUGUUUGUUACAUACGCGUAAUUAUAAUUUAAUAUAGAUCUGUGGCUUAGUGUAAAAAGGAAAAAUGUAAGGGCUAAUGAACAAUCGAAAAUAAUGAAAAAUUAAAAAAAAAAAUGAAAAUAAUAUGUUGAAAAAAAUUUAUUUUUUUCCUUAAGUCAAAUUUAAAGUCCGUAAUUUUUUACUAUAAUUUAGUUUUCCUAUUGGUCUUUUGACGAUGACCUUUCCUAAUUCCAAUACGUUCUUUCACUGAUCCGUUUCCGAUAGAUUCUUGAAAAGUGAACGAAGUCAUAGGAACUCGUUCCUUUGAAUCCGUUUUUUCCAAACACCGGUGUGAAUGUCCUGCGGCUUUGGUGUCAGGUAUAAAUUUUAAACGUAUAAAAUUGAUUGGUUUACCACGGGUAUCGUACCACGGCGUACGUAUACGCUCGAGGAUUGGGGAAAUAAUAAAAUUACAAACCGGAAGACCGUCGCAAAAAUCAAAUGGCGACAAGAAAACCAACUACUGCACUGUAUAUGUACAUUACAACAAUAUUAUUUCGAAGACCGCGGCGGUGACGUCUAGAGCGAAAAUCUAUAAUAAUUCCGUUUUGACGUCGUCCCCGUGGACUUUGUGUCCGGAAAUGCGACGACCGAACUUCGUCGUCUAAAAUACAGAGCGAUUGUUUUAUCGAUCUAUUAUUAUAUUAUCUAUAAACGCGAAGAUUUCAAAAAAACUCGACUGUGAGUUAACCGAUUUUUUUUUUUUAAAAAAAGAGAGGCAUCAUAUUAUUGUCAAAUAUUCUGUGUCAAAAAAUGUCAAACAAUAUUUUCGGCGAUUGACAUUGUUUGCCCACAUAGUGCCUCGGCAUAAUAUUAUAAGCAGAGUAUUAGGUACCGUAGUUCUUGAAAAAUACAGAGGCACUUUAUACUGCGACCGGAGUCACACUUAAGCUUACGAAAAUUAACCUAACAAAUACAAAUAUUUCGUAUUGACGUGGAUAUUGUGCCGGAGAACCAACCGAAAUUAGCGUCAUUAAUGAUUGUAUAUCUUUACCAGAUCAUUAUGCAUCGACAGUUUUGCGACACCGGAAAGUCACACUCUCCGAGAAGAAGAGAGCUCGAGGAAAACACGUUGAAAUGGGGGGGGGGUGACUAAGAGAUGACCUUUUUUGAAAUUGAAGCACAUUUCAUUUCUCUGUAUGUCCGUGCAGCGGAAAACAUUUUUUAUUUUUUUAUAAUUUCGUCUUAGACAUUGUUUUUUCAAUCGAUUAAUUGAUAUUAAUCACGAUGACAUUUUCCCAUGUCCCUAGCAAUAAAUUCGAACGGCCGUUCUUUCAACGAUAUUACCGAGUGUGCGAAUCGCAAUCAUCUUAUCGUCGUAUUACAGUGAUAACGAUUAUUCGGGAUAGUUUCGCAUCAUGUUACGCCGAUACACGUAACGAAAAUAUUAACACCGACAGUGCGAUAAUACCGUUUCGGUUAACGCGCGAGGUCAGAUCGGACGAAAUAUGCAUUAUACAUUUUCGCGAUCCAAUAACGCACUCCGAACAUUCGCUGACAUGGCGUGAUGUAUGUACUAAUAUUAUCGUAAUAAUUCUAUUAUUUAUUCAUUCGUUUCAAUCGCGAUGGAUAAUUGUAAUGGGCGUUCGGUGUGUUCGGGGUGUGACGGGUAACCUCCGAGCGAGCCCCGAAUUAACGGCCGGUUCGCAAGGUUUAAAUGGUGUAAUUGUAUUUUAUAUUCACGCGCGUGUCACCCGACCGGCCGAGAAAUUCGCGUGAAUAAGGUGCGCGCCGCACAAUUCACGGGAGGCCGCAAAGAUCGGGUGUUGUAGGUCAGCUUAGGGUUCGCUUAGGGUUUACCAUAUUAUUGUUUUUAUCGACGAAAAGAGACCUAGGCACACAGCAACGGUUAUUUAUUCGCGUGGCCGAACGGAAAACCGGUAAUAAUAUUUAUGACAUAAUUAUAACAAUUAAUAAAAUAGAACGAUGGCGACAAUACUUCCGAUUGUAUACGAUCGUGCAUUGUGAACUGUUAUUGCGUCUAUACGAAAAUAUGCAACGAGAGCUUUUGAUAAAACAAUAUCUCAUUCGAUAAGAAAUUUAAAAACCGCGUAUCUUAAUAUUGGAAUUUUGAUAAAAUAUAUAUUAUUAUUUUUUUUUUUUUUUUUACCAAUAAAUGGAAUAUUUGGUUUCGACCGUACCGACCGUUGUAAUGCAAUUUGUAUUUCACGAUUUUUUAACAUUUCGAAAUCGAUAUAACUGUCGAGUUACAUAGGACGUUUUUCGGUGGUCUUGAGAUAUUCUUCGAAUUGAAGACCAUUUUUUUUUUUUUUUUUAAACAUUUUAAUAUUCUUCCGCAAAAUCAAUGGCGUCGCAACGAUCCCAGACAUAUUUUCAUAAGAAAAAUCAUUUAAUCAAAAUUAGUCGAUAAAGCCGAGAAUCGAGUUCCCUACAUGAUUCACGACAAAACUUUCACGGUGAUUGCACGCACAAACCUUUAGGUCGGUUUUUCUUUUUCUUACAACAAACCCACUGCGAGAAUUCAUUGCGUUCGUUUCUUUUAAUUCAAUUUUUUUUUUUUUUUUUAUGAAGAUCAGACUUUAAUGUAUCAAGAAGCUAAGAGAAAAAAAAAAUCUUAAAUCGAAUUUUACGUUUUGUUAAAAUAUAUACCGUAUAUCUUGUUCGAUAUGGGAACGUUUUUCUUUUUUCGUACAUGCCUAUAUAUUAAUGCCUGUGGAAAUUCUAAGUCAAGUUUACCAAUGCGAUGUUCGGUUUUUAUUAAGAAUGCGACAAACGCAUCUAAGUUCUUUAAAUCAGUGUGCUCGAUACGUUUUUUUUUUUUUUUUUGUUUUUAACAAAAUAACGUUUUCAAAGCGAAACAAUAAAAUUGAUUUUAUCAACGUAUUCAAUUCAAUAGGUAUCCACCUAUAAAGACAAUGAAAAAAGUUUUAGAUUCUGAGUGAAGCAAAGUAGCUUUAGGUUUUUCAAUGAUGUUUUUUUUUUUUUUUUAUCUGUGCGCAACUUUUCUACCAGAACACUUGUUCGGAUUUCUACGCGUGGCACCGUUUUUGAAAAAAAAUCAGCGUGGGGAGGUAAUUUAAGAGUCAAUUAAAGUCAUUUUUAAUUUUUUAAAGAAUUUUCCUAUAACAACCGAAAAACCGAAAAAAAACGGGAAAAUUUACGAAAUAUAAUAAAUAUGAAUUACGAUUUUUUUAUUCUGUGGACAACUUUCAUACCGGCAAAUUUACUCCAACUUUUAAUGACAGCAAUGUUUCUAAAAGGAAAUUUCACUAGCGAGGUACUUUAGAGAAGUAAUUUUUCAAUUUUCCCAAGAGUUUUUCCAGUAAAUGUGAAAACCUGAGAAAAAACAUUGGAAAACCGGGAAAAACUUAGGAAAACUGGGAAAAUCGGUGAAACAUUAAACUUAUAGAAGAUAUAAAAAAAUAUAUUAAUUAUUUUUAUAAUAAUAUGGCAUAUACGUUGUUGACAGAGUAUUACUAUUAACUGAACUCCGUUCAGAACAGUUUUUUUCGUAAGCAAUGGUUUAUCGUUGCUUACAGGUAUUUAUGUUAAAUUANUUUCAAUUUUCCCAAGAGUAAUUUUUCAAUUUUCCCAAGAGUUUUUCCAGUAAAUGUGAAAACCUGAGAAAAAACAUUUGAAAACUUGGAAAAACUUAGGAAAACUGGGAAAAUCAGUACAACAUUAAACUUAUAGAAGAUAUAAAAAAAUAUAUAUAGAGCCUAUUUAAUUAUUUUACUUUAAUAUGGCAUAUACAUUGUUGACAGAGUAUCACUAUUAAUUGAACUCCGUUCAGAACAGUUUUUUUCGUAAGCAAUGGUUUAUCGUUGCUUACAGGUAUUUAUGUUAAAUUAUCUAUAGCGGUGACUGCAGCCGUCACCGUUAUCCGAGGACGUCUUUUUCGAUUUCGAAGGUAUGACGAUAUAGAUUAUAUUUGAUGAAUAUUUUGUUUGUGAUGUGUACUUCGAUUAUGCUAACUGUCAUCAAAUUUACGUGGUAUAUAAAUACGAUAAUACGGCAACAAAAAUUACGUUACCUUCAUAUUAUAAUACCCGUGUGUCACUGUCCGCGUGCAGUAGUGAACAGGAGUGUGAUCGGAUGAAAAACGCUAUACCUAACGGUGCGAGUGAGUGAUAAGUUUAUCAACAGAAAUAAGGUUUUCAGAAAAAGAUAGCGUAUAAAAUUCAAGUCAUAUUGUAUGAACCGUUAGCCAACUUCGACAAUGUUGGUGUAAUAAUAAUAAAUUAUAAGGCAGGCUAGAGAGGGGGGGGAGGGGGUGAACACACAGUCCAAAUAUUAAUAUUUCUAUGCGUGGCGCUCGCUGUAAUAAUUAAUUGUAAAUCUUACGCGUUCCAACAGAAGGCUAAUGAACGGCGAACAAUACCUGGAGAAUUUAUUCACAAAUAAUAGACACCGAAGGUUUAAUCGAGUAAUAUAACUUGACGACACGUUAUAAAUAUUUGCGUUUAUAAAAUAUUAUUAAUAUUUCAGUCUCGUAGAGGUUUUCGGCGAGCGAAAUUUUCGUUUUAAAAUUUUGACGCUUUGCUUCCCGCGUGUUAUUUGAUUGAUAUUUAUGAUGUUUUCAGUAUUAAACGCCACCGUUUACCGCGGUAAAAUAUCGUCUUAUGAAAACGAACGGAUUCUGGGUCGCUGUUUUCAAACCGUUCGGGAAAAUCACUUUAAAACUUAAACAAUUUGAUACCGAAUGCUAUUAUUUAGUUUUAAAUUUGACAGAACAAUUUAUUGUGCUCUUUAACAUGAAUUGAUUUUGACGGCAAUAAAUCAAACUAAUAAUCAUUCUGUAUUGAUGAAUAAAAUAAUUGCGUCAAAGAAAAAUAAUCUCUUACUACGAUUUUUAAUUUUAUUUUGUAAAACUGUCCGAUUUUUCGUAUAUUAUUUUAUUAAGCAGUAGCGUAACCAAGAUUUUUAAAUGGGGGGAGUAAGCUAAAAUUUUUACUAAAUAAAAAUGUUUUGAGAGAAAACCUAACCAUAAGCGGUACAUUGAUUAAAUAAGUUGUACAAUAAUUAUUAUUAUUUAUUGGUAACCAUAGCUGAAUGACCCGGUAUUUUCCACACUCAUCUUUACCUAUAUGACAGUAAAUCUUUAUUGCACUUAUUUUUAAAAGUAGUACUUUUUUGUUCAUGAAAACCAAAUUAAAUAAUAAUAACAGUUUUCGUGUUCAUCUGUGUCGCCGCGGUACCUAAAAAACCACAAAAAAAAUUCAAUCUUCGUUUAAAAAAAAAAUAACAAAAACUCUAAAUAAACCACUAAUUAGGAAAUAGACGACGACUGAUACGGUACGCCAGUGGUAUUGACGAGUAGUUCCGGUCAUUAUUUUACGUUUAUGUAUCGUUAUAAAUUAUAAUAGUCGACGUUCGGCGACAAUAUCGUGCAGCUGACGAUUUAUAAUUUGUCGAUCAAUUCGUUUCAGAUGAACCAGUGAUAGACACAAGGAGGGGGGGGGGAUUGGGUUCGACAGGGCGAUCGCCAUCCUUCCCUUGGGCAGUGUACUUUUGUACGUAAUUUUUAAAUAUUGUUAAUACAAUAGGUUAUGAUUUCAGUAUUGUUAUAAACUAAACGUCAAUAGAAUUUCACAAAAAAAAAAAAAAGAAAAAAAAAAAGAAGGCUUAUCAGCAAAUUAAUAAGUACAAAUGUAUUUUUAAUAAAAUCCACCCGCCCACUUUAAUAAUCCCGGGACCCGCCACUGGAAUGAACCUUGUUGUAAUAUAUAAUUUGAAGUGGCUUUACAAAGAUAAAACGUUAUCCGUCUAAUUAAAACGUGUCGCUGUGCAAAUAUUAUAAUUAAACGUAAAUAAACAAUCAACAUACAAUAAAUAAAUGAUCGCUGGCGUAUAGAGGCGGAAAGGGGGUGUUUUCAUCGCCCUCCAUCGACUCCGGUGUGUUUAUUUUAUUACAGAGGUAAAUACUAAAAUUACGAAACGUAAAUUAUUUUACUGUACGUAACAAAUAACGCGAAUUGCAUUACAACGUUGGUAUUUUAUAAAAAUCAUGUUGUCAAUGAUUAUUAUCGAUUGUUAUCGAUAUCACAAACUAUUACAGCGGUUUUGUAAUAAUUAUUUCGUUAGCCGCGGUUAUCGAUACAAUUGACAACGGUUGUCGUUUUCCCAUCGAGAUAAAUACAAGUAUCGUCGUAUAAUAUUAUGUCGGUGUAUUGUCUCAAGAGGGCUUGAUACUGGGUGUACUGUCUACUACCCUACGACGACGUGGCAAAUUUGUGUUCAGCAUUGACGACAUUGUGCUGUUCUUUUUAAUAUCCGAGUGAGUUUACCUGUCAUCAAACUUAAAUAUAAGAACAUUAUCCGCCCAACGUCGGUGCUAUUUUUUCAAUUUUAUAAUUUUUUAAGAGAAAAACUAGUUAUAACAAAAUUUAAUCAUGCUUAUAUCUCCCUUGAAAAUUUAAAUAUUAAACAAAUAGAGCUAUAGUUGCACAGAUAAUGUUAAUUUAUCUUAAAGAUAAGUCGAUUUAUUCUAACAUUAAAACCAACCGCAUAAAUUUGACUCUGUCGAACGCAAAUUUACUGUGUCGUACGUUUUUAAAAACAGAGGCACAGCACAUGCGGUUAUCACGUCCUCUUGUGUCUGUUUUAGAUAAUAAACAUACAGUGAUAAAGAAAAAUAUAUUUUGCAUUUUUUGUUAUUGGACAAUCCCCGUUUUGGAAAUACCUGGCUACGCGAUUGUAAACGAUAAAUGCGCAUAUACCUAUCAAAAUACAUAAAUUUAUCGUAAAUGUGGAUUGUAGGUACUUAAAUGAUUUAUUGCAAAGCUGGACGGUCGGCGAAUUAAUGAAUAAUUAUUAUAUUAAUAACUCAGUUUAUAGUUGAUUGGAUAAAAGUUCACCAGUCCAUCACGUCACGUUAAACGGUUUUUUAACUAAUUGAGUUGGGUUUAGUGUUGAUUUGAAAAUAUAAUUAAUUUACUAGGUUGAGUUUGUUUUAUUUUGUUUUUUUAUACAUUUUUUUUUUAUUUUUACAGUGGUCGAAAUUAUUAAACAGUUUAUCGUUAUUUUGAAAAUAAAAAUUACCAAAACAAACACAUGGGAUUUAUUUCGAGAAUAUUGAAUUAAAAAUACUUAUUUUAAAUUAGGAACUUCACGAAAAUAUAUUUUUUUUAAAUAUAAAAUGGGAACUAUUAUUCAAAUAAAUUGUAAACUUAAUGUUAUAUGUUAAAAUUAAAAUAAAUCGCAAUAAUAUUAUUUCCUUCGACAGGUAAAAUUCAAAAUAAACUCUUAAUGCUUUAGUACGUUAAACUAGAAACAUUGAAAUAAACUUGAAUUUUAACUUUGGAUUCAACUAACCAACUCAUUAAUGCCUAGCCUUGAUGAUUUGAAUAUUAACAACAAUAUAAAUAAAGUUUAUUGGCGAGAAUGUCCAGAUAUUUUACUUAAGCCCCUCCUAGUAAUGUUGAAUAAAAAGACUAUAGGUACUACUGAAUACAUACUGAAGGAGGACUAGAUUUGAGAAAGACCUGACUGAUUUUUUUUAGGAGGAGGAGGAUGAAUUUCGCAUCAUUGACUGUGUUGUAUUUUAUACGAAUUAUUUGUAAAAAAAAUAAUCAACGUCAAUUUUUGGUAUUGUGUUUUUUUUAUGUCCGGAAUGUAAUAAAAUAUUGUUUGGCAUUUGACAAAGUUCGUAUAUUCAUAGUAAUAUGCGUGUAUGUAUGUAUAUUUAUUAUUUAUUUUUGAUUGAAUACCUUCGUGUUUAUUAUUGUAUUGUUAUACAUAAUAUACGAGUAGCUGUCAUCAAUCGACGUUGUCCGGGUUAGUUAAGGUUAUCUCGAUUAAAACAAGCCCCCCUCAAAAUCAAUAAAACAAAAAACGAAAAACCCGAUUUUACAUGUAUCCCAACCGUAUCAGUCCCAACCUAUAGGACGUACGAAACAGCUGUGUCUUAUCUCGCAGUAUUUAAUAAUAUUAACUAUACAGUUAAUAUCAACCAUCGUUAACGUUACUAUACGGUUUAUUUUGUUUUUUUUUAUUUGUAUUAAAAUAAAUCAACAAUCUAUACAUUUUUUUUUUUUUUUAUACAAUGAAUAGGUUUGAUAAGUGUAAAUAAAAGUAGUUAACACGAAUAAUAAAAUUAGGGAGAUACCCAGUGGUAACACCCUAAAGCUAUACGGUUGUUAAAAACUUUGUUUUUCAAUGUAAAACAUGCAAUUUCUUUUUAGAUUCUGAGCGAAACUAGGAAUGGUAUAUUGGUUUUACAAUGAUGUUUAUUUUUAAUAUUAUUUUAUUUGAACACUUUUUCUAGAAGAAAGUUUACUCUGAUUAUCAAGUGUAGCACGUUCUCUGAAAGAAAAUUUUCCCUGGAUGGUACUUUUUUAAAAUUGUUUAAAAUUCUCAUUAGUAUUCUAGUUAAUGAGGAAAUUCUGGUUCUUCCGGUUAAAGUAGAUUGAAAAAUUAAAAAUAAGGUUGUCAUUGGCAACAGUUUUUAUUUAUUUUUUGUUAUAAUUAAGUUGUCAUUAUUUUAAUCUUUUUCAAACAGUCAUCGAUCUCAUGGAAACGCACAUUGUUGUAAUCAUUUUUACCAUAAUAUAACAUAUAUAUAUAUAUUUGACAAAGCAAAACUAUCAACUUAACCGGAGUUCAGAAUCGUUUUUUCGUUCACAAUGGGUUAUUAUUGCUUACAGAUAUACAUUAAACUCUCGUAUGUAUCCUGCCUUCCGAACUUCCCACCUACAUCAGUGGCUGAAAUUACGUGGGAAGUAUGUUCUUCUUUUUAUUUUUUUGUUUUCGUGUACCCGUUAAAACCGGAAAUCGGGCGGCCGAUGACGGGGUCGAGAGGCGACGUUGGGUAGAUUCACUGUCUAUCGGUUUUCCCACAAAGCUUACUAGCAUAACAUUUCAUCGUCGUGGUGUUUAGAGUAAUUAUAUAAUAUUAAAUAAUGGCGAAUUUACGGUUUCCGGUAAUAUGCUAUUCUGUUUUUCGGAAAAAGGUCCCGCGAUCGUCGAUCCUGACGAGAGGCUUACGGUGAGCCCACUCCGUGUCGGUAUUCAAACGCCACCGUAGAAAACAAAGAACAGACCAUAUUUAUAUUGACAUUAUUACUAUUGAGAAUAAUUCAAAUUCGCGAAAAUUUCUGAUCUGAAUAAACUCGUUUUAGAUUCUGAGCGCAACGAGGAAUGUAUCGAUUUUAUACUACGUUCAAGUUCUCAUGGGAGAACAUUAUCAUUGCCGACGUCGUUAUAAUUUUACAAUACGCGAAAAUUACAUUCUAAUUUAAAACGCAUACAAUAUUAGGUAUUUUCGAAAUACUAUAAUAUUAUAGGCGAGCUAAAUUAUAUUCGUAGACGUUGUAGAGCCCGAAAACACUCUGUAGAGCUUGAGCCCAAUAGGUUUUAGACAUAAUAUUUAAGACUGAAUUAAUUCAAAAAUUUAGAAAUAAGGCUUAAGAUAACUCAGAGAGGACUUUGAGCCCUUCCCCCUCGAAUUUACGUUUGUGCGUACAUUACGGGAAGCUUCUGUAAGGUGAUGAAAAAUUGCUAGGAAACGGUAUUGCGAUAUAAUGCAUGAUGUGUGAUGCGUCAAAAAACCACCGUAAAAUCAAACAUAUUUUAUCCACCGCAGACGUCUGAAAAAUAUAUAAAAGUAUCAUGUAUGUGCCUAAGCUUAUAAACCCGUGGUCCUUGUUUCAUUUCUGUUGAAAUGCUUCCGGAAUGGUCCGUGAUCAUAUUUCGUGUGCGCUACAAUCUCAAACGUGUACUACGGAAAAUACGCACCUAACGCCUGCGUUUUUAUUGUAGACAAUUGCGUUCAUUACCUUCCGGCUCCUGGUUAACAUUUUCGCCACCCCUAGUUGAUUUUUCUUGCCUUCUCACCUUUAAUUUGUCGGCUAGAGCAACCGAAAAGUCUCGUCACUGCUGUCGACUGCACAGACUUUGUGGAAAAAACGGAAAAGUAGCGUGAAAAAAAAGUCGUCCUGACGGAACCGCGCGCCUUCAACGUACCUAUAUGUUGUAAUCUUAAUACCGUUUUAUCAUUUAGAAUGUCAAUGGUCCGGAAAAACGCGAAAAUCUGGUUGGGCGUCUAAAAAUAGACUUCUCGUAAAUUAGUGUCGCGGCCGUAGUCCCCGGUGAGAGGCUUUAAUCCGUGUUGGCAUCCGAUCAGCGCCGCCGUUUCCGAAUAAACCGAAUCGCUAUCGCAUAUUAUUGCGGUUUCGGCGGAAGAUAUAAGCGCCGAACCGAGAUAAGAAUAAAGUAAAUCGUAUCGUAAAAAAGUGCAAAAAUGCUAGGCAGCGUGCGCUCACUACCAGGGACGUCGUUAGUGGGAUUCGGAUUAUAAUUUGGCAGCCCCGAUUUUCGUUCAUGUGUUUUUGACCCGCAUAAAAUACCAUUUAAUUGCACCGACGACGGUUGAAUUAAGAACGAAAAUAAUACAAAACAGAAAUAUUUCUCUAUAGAACAUUCGAAUAUUGAAAUGUCAAUUGGGAGCAUGAGCUAUCGAAUUAAUCGAACAUUUUUUUUUUUUUCUUUUCCGCGCAAUAAACAGUAUAUCAUAUAAACUAUGGCCUGGCGGAGGAAAAAGUUGGCCCGAUUCAAAUGUUCGCAUUCCUAUUGAAAAACUGAAAUGACGCCCCCGCGGCUACUACCCGCGGUGCGCUUCGUUCCAGAUAUUGAAUUAAUACAGAACUAAGUCGUUCGAAAAUUUCAAAACCUAGAACCGUAAUCAAUAGACACCGUCCGAUUUGUUUGCGGUAGAGCGUCACAUAUUUUAAGUAUUUUGUAUGAUUUGGAAAAAAAAUCCGGGUUGAAAAUCAAUUAUUUAUUAUAAUAAUUUUAUCCAUUCAUUCAUUUGUAAUGGUGUAUUAUUAUUUUACUGUCGCGAUUAAAACUUGAAUUGUUUUCGAUUAUUGACGAUUUUAAACAUUACGAAACAUAUCAAAUAUUAACGUCAGUGUGAAUAAUAUUUUUUUUUUUUUGAACCGGGGGGGUGGGAGCUGUUGUGAACGUAAUUUUCACGUUGUAUUUUUCGUGUGUUAUGCGAUAAUUUUUAUCAUAGAUAUUUUCAAACACGCACACCGAUUUGAUUUAUCGCGUCGGUCACCAUCGUGACGAUGAUAUUAUUGAUAUUUAUGUUAAUUUUUAUCCCCUUUUAAUAAUAUCGCUCGAAUACAGCCGUUAAAGUUUUCGAUAAUAUUUAUUAAAAAAAUACAGGCUCGGGGACAAUACUUUAGCGGUUAAAAAACAACCAUCGUAUCGAAACUUCCCGGCGUUAAUUCAACUGGGUCGAGGAUGACGGGACCACACGUGCAGUACGCUUGUACCGCUCAAGACCCAAAGAUCAGCAAAAAUCGAAUGUCAUUGUACGAACUUUCCUCGGAUAAAAGAGACACACGCAGUCUGUUAUUGUCAUACAUGAUAUUAUGUACGUUUUUCGCUAUACAGUGUUAUCAAUUCUCGAUAAGAUUGUCUCAAAAAGUAUUACCUUUUUCGGCAUUUUUUUUCCCCGAAUCUAGCAGCUUUUAAAUGUCAUAUUUUUAUUACGUUUUAUGGCGGUAUUUUUUGUCACAUUCGUUUUCGGGGCGAAACCACUAUCCAGCGUUAGGGAUUGUACUGAUGCUGGGAACGUACGUGCCACUAAUUUAAGAGGAAAGCCGGAGCGGCACGGUUAGCUCAAGCUCAGCUAAGAAUUAAGAAGACUACACGGAACGUCAAAAACCGAUUACCUCACUCGCCGACAGCUAUUUCUAAAACGUAACAAAAAAGGUCUUUUGUUGUUUUUUUUUUUUUUAUUUUGAUCGGACCGAGAGUUCUGACAAAAUUAUUUACAGACAGAAAAAAAUCAAUGCGUUCUUUCUCGGAAUCUAAUACGUAUAAUUCCCAAUAUAAUACUUGUAUGUAUUUCAAUACCUACUUUUCAUUUCCACUCGAGUGAUCGACGAGUACCUUUUUAUUAUUAUAUGACGUCCCGGUCUUAUGGGCCAUUUUAAUACUAUUAUCGAUUAAUCUAUUGUCGGUAUACACAUAUGUAUGGGUGUAUCAUGUACAGGGUGUUGCAGAAACAAACGACCAACUUUACGAUACUAAGCUGUACGCGGCAUUCAGAAUAGAUUUUCUGGAAUUGAUUAUUAUUGUUUUAUUUUCUUAACGACAAAACGUCCUCGGGUCUACCGUGUUUAUUCGUAAAACAACCGUACAAAAUGGUCUAAAUAAAACGGUAUCGGAGAAUUCCGUUUGUUUUCAGUCGGCACGUUAAACGUUUAACGAUUAUAUAUUUACGAAAUAACGUCAACGUCCUACCCUAAUUGUUGUGUUCGCCGUCGUAAAAGAAUAUCGACUCUGAAUGGAAAUAUGUCCAAAAAUGUCUGGUGUCGCUUACUACACCGGCUCCGGUCUGUAUCGCAAACUGUUAUUAUAACUCGUAAACGGUUUAUCCGAUAUUAUACAUAAUUGGUUCCCGGGCCAACUCGUUAUAAAAACGACUUUUGGGAUAAACAUUUCGUGAACAAACGUUAAACUGAAAUCCGGCGAAUUUCAAAUCCGCAGAGAAAAUCGCCGGAUCGUGACCGUGGGGGGGAGGGGGGGAAAUCACCAUGCGUACGCGUAUUCGGCUAAGUCAACGAAUGCGCCGAAAACAACACGUGUGUUUGUAGCGUCCUUGACAUUCUGGCCGCAGACUAUAAAUGCAUUUUAAUUAUUUCGGACGAAUUCGAACUUUUGACAAAAACCGCACAUCAUACACUCCGGACGUCCGGGCAUUAUUACUGCGAAACAAAGUCGUUACACUACACGUUUGUACUACGGUAUAUUCGGAUUAAAAAAAAAAAAAAAACGGGUAAAACACGAUAAAAACGCAACACCAAAUACAUAUAUAUAUAUGUCACUACAAAAUGCUAGGAAUUUCGUUACGUUUCGAAUGUACAAGUAUUUUCCGCCCCUCGGUUCGUCGUUGUCCGUCAUUUUAUCGACGUUCGGCAAUAUCGGAAAUACUGUUAAACUUGUAAAAUCCGAAGAGGGAAAACGGUUAAAGACGGGACGGAUCGUUCAAUCGAUUGACAACGGGAAAAUAAAGAAAACGGCGAAAUCGCAUUUCAUUCGAAUCCGAAACAGUCUUAAAGGAUUAUUCUGUUAGUGACGAUGUUCCGCAUUUCCGGGGGGGGAAAAAAAAAAAACCGAUUGUACCGGAUAAUUGUCGAGCGUAUACUGGCGCGUACGUUUCGACAGCGUUGCGCACGGGGAUUCGUACGCAACCGUGUUGUCGGGACGGACACGCGUGCGCAAUCGCGCCGCGCCCAGAACGAUUACCCGUUCACGUGACGCGACGGCGUUUCAAAGGCGCGCGCGCGCGCGCGGAUAUUGUGUAAACCGUAAACGAAAACCCGGAGACCUUUGCGGUUUCGCCGGGUUACGUUACCGCGCGCGUGCGGCACCCGUACGCGCACACAAAUAUUGUCGGCACACGAACAGCGAUUGUGUUUUCGUUGCCGCGAUAACAACGCGAGCGCAGAAUGCGCGUCGUGUCCAUUAAAUGUCCAAUUAGCGAAAUACCACGCGGACCGCAUGACGUCCGUGGUCGCCGGCGGGCGUACGUCCGAAACGGGAAAGAGUUUCCGUACACGCGGCGCAGUGCGUGGGCGGCGCGCGCAGUUAUUUCGGAAAACGCGCGCAGGCGACAGAGUCGCGGAAGACCGUGAACAGCAUGAAAACAUUACGUCGCGUGCGGAAAGAGAAUGCCGGGAAACGGAGAUGAACAUCGGCAGAAGAAAACACACGCCCGCGGAAAUCCGUUGUUGCGAAUACAGAUGAAAUCGAUUCCGAGUGAAAUCCGGUUUCAAAAAGUCAGUUUCUGCGGGGAAAACUCUUGGGAAAUCGUUCUUCGAACGUACCCGCGCGUGAAAUCCGCAUAUUAUUUCGUAAAAAUACGCCGAAAAAAAAAAAACCCCGAGCAUUUUUACACAGACCGAAAAUCCGAACAAUUACGAAAUAUUAUUUUGUACGCGCGUCAUAAUAUUACACGUUAUCGUAAUGUGCGCGUGCGCGCGCGCGUGUUAUUACAGUUUUGACGGUACACAAUGCCCGCGUAAAACAUAAUAUUGUACACGCGAUAUUAAUUUCGGUUUUCGCCGGGCUACCCGCCAGCCGUUUUUUUACGCGUACAUUUAUACAACGCCAUCACUCGAGCCGCCCCUUAUUUAAUGGUUUCACAGCGCGCGGAGACGUGCCGCCCGCGGAAUUCCGUACAACAACGUCCUACACGCAUGUUAAAAUCUCCCCGUUACCGCGGAUCGCGCGGACAAUUUUUUAUUUAUAUUACCGUGUUAUUUUGCGCGUCGCCGUCCGUCUUUCGGCGUUCGAAACGCGAACCCUCGCCGGUGUGAUAUUUCGACCGGUUACGCGCGGCGUGCUCGGCAGACCUGAAGGAAUACACUUACACACGUUCAUACGUCUCCUCGGUGUGUAAUAAUUUUUUUUUUUUUUUUCCAGUUGCCGAACACGGCAAAACGGAAGUUGUAUUAUUAGUUUUACAAUGGUUUUUUUCGUCAACACAUUUCCCACACAAUAAACAUAAUAAUAUAACACGUUCGGGAAAGUUUCUUCGCUAGGCGAUUGUAUAUAUAUAUAUGUAGACGUAAAACCCUGAAAGAAUAAUCGAAAAAUUCAUUUUUAUUCGGUCCGUAUUUUUUGAAUUUUAACAAAUCGUGUUCUAGAGAGAAAAAAAGUUUUACUCGUUCGACUCGGAAAAACUGGCAAGAACUACAAGACAACCGCAAUAUUUAUUGUCGCGAUUAUGCUGUAUUUCUAUUAAUUAUCGUAAUCCCCGAGUUCCGUUUUCGAACGUCCGAUGAUAUCGUUAAAAGUAUUGGCGUUGUUGCUCAUCGCACUUUCGAACGGUAAAAAAAAAUACAUCGCAAUCGCUCACCAUUACUAUACGUAAAAUGUAUAGGUAACGCGGGUAACGACACAAUGUAUUAUUAUACGUUAUAAAAAUUAUGCACGAGCGAUUAAUCCGUGAGCGCAACGUUACGAAUUUUAUACUUACAGUUUCGACUCACGGUACAGCGAGUUUACCGUCAUCGGGCAAUACCGUGAGACACGUUUAUAAAUGGCUCGAAAUCACCAGAAUUAUCGUAUUCGUAUUUUUACGUGUUUCCCGUCAACGUAAAAUUAUGGGGAAAAAAUGACGUUCAAAUCGAUUAGAACUAGACGCCGAGUGGUCCGAUUGAAACGAGAUAGAAAUACUCGAUCCGCGUAUAAAAAAGAAACACAACAUUGUAUUUUUUUGUAAGACUUAAUUGAAUAAUCGCCGUAAACAAAUAAAAUUUUUGUUUGAAAAACGCCAAUAUUGUAAAUCGAUGUCUGUGUAUAAAACUGCAAGGGGUCGUGUAUCGUUUUUCGACGGAAUGAGCGGAGGGAUAGAAAAUGUAAAUCGUAACGAGUGGCGGGAGGCCGUCUCCCAUUCCGCAUCCCGUUCCCGCUCCGACCGCCGAUUGCGAUAAUCCCGUUGUUUCGGAUUUUUUUCCCCGGAUGCGUUACGCGCGCGGAAACCGUAAACACGGUUUAAAAACGUUUAAAACGUUUCUAACGGGACCGUUCCGACCGGGGGUGGGGGGGGGGUGGAACCCGUGUUGUAGACCGGGCCGAAAACCGCGGACGGACGGCGGCGGUCCGACAAUAAACAGUCGGGUGCGCGCACGGUCGUCUCCGGGCGGAACGUGUUUUGGACGCGGGGCGCCGGCACCGUGGGGCACCGCGGGGCCGUCGCGAUUUUCGCCGCUCACGAUGGACCGCCGCGGACGUUUAAACGUUUUUUUGUUCCGCGCCGAAAAUCCGAGCGUCGCGCGUGUAUUUUCGUAUUGUUGUUGUUGUUGUUAUACUUACGCGCGGGCCGCGGUUCGGCUCGCGUUUCAGACUCGGGGGUCUGAUUAUUCUCGCGUACGUGAAAAAAAAAAAAAAUAAUCGUAGACGCCGACUGCCCGUUACCGCGACCCGUACGCGUUGCGUGCGCGCGCGCGAACGCGCGUCGGAGAUGAUUCCGUGUCGGUUGCGUGUCUGGCAAUCGAUUAAAAAAACGGAACAAUACGGACGCGACGUGUCGAUGACGAUGCGCGGAGAUUAAAAGACGCGUCAGCUGGGCGCGCCGAAAACCGUCUCGGAAUGGUAUUGUUAUUGAAACCGCGGCAACGGCAACCGCGGUAACGAAAGUCGCGGGCACGGUGUGACGUACGCGAUGUGUCGGCGUGGCGUUCCGAAUGAUACGCGUCGGGAAAAAAAAUUCUACAAAACAAUCUAAAAAAAAAACGACUUGAGAAAAAAUUACUCGCGAGAUGCGGAACAAGAGUUUUCGAAAAAAAACAUACUAAAAACUUUUCAAAUCAAAUCCGUUUUUAUUCGGUUUUUCCGAACCGUCGGGAAAAAAUCACUCGCUCGACGCACCGGCUAGAUGAGAAAUUUUACGGAAAAAAAAAAAAAAAGGAAAACAAGUGAAAGAUUAUCAAGAAUAUUGUUUUCAGGUGUGUCGUAGAAAUCGUUGAAUUAAGUCUUCGGUGCUAUCGUGCCGAUACAAAGGUACGCGUUUUAAAUCCGAAAUAUCGCCGUUUGUAUAAAAAACAAAAAAAAAAAUCGUAAAAACCGCAACCGACGCGUCGUCUGACGGUACGUCGGGCAUUCCCGUACGCGCCCGGUGGAGCGGACACUCCCGCAAAACGUUCUUCUCCUCCCCGUUUACGUUCGGCCCGUACCACGCGAUAUCGCGCCACCGCCCGUCACCGUCUUGCGCCGAUUCUCUUCGAUCGACCGCACGCAACGGGGUCCGCGAAACACGGGGGCGCCCGGUACGGCCUGACCGCCGGAGCGUUCGGCCGUCGACGAAAUCCGCGCCGCGGAAGUCCGUCGCCAAUCGCGUUUCCCGGUGUCUCCGACGCCCUUUCUGCGCGCCCGUCCUCGCGCCGUAAUCGGCACCGCGGUCGCGCGUCGCACUGCUCUGGCCGCCGCUGACCCGAUUUCAGUGGCUGUCGUUCCGGACAGCGUUUUAGCGUUCGGGAACUUCGCCCACUCGCGGAACGUCUGCCCGUCGAAACUUUAUCCCGGAAUCGUGUACACCGAAGCGCCGCAUUUGCCGCGACUCCGAACACGAUAAUUAUUUACGAUCCGGCGUGAACAUCACGAGAGUAAUGAAAUAUAUUAUCGAGUGAUUAUUAUUUCAUCGGUCGAAUGGCUAAUUAUUCCGGAGCGGCUGACAGCCGUGCGCCGGGGUCCCGUAUACGCGUGCCGCGUAACUGUUUCGCGAUAAAUAAAAAAUUAUGAGCCCGACCGGAGUUUGACCGUAAUGAUAACGUACGUAAUAAAGUUUUCCGCGUGGCACGGAAUCAGGAGUACGUAGAUUUUGAAUUAUUCCAGAUUUUCUACGGGGAUUAUUUGUCCCCGGGAUUGUAUUGCUUAUUAACGUCGGUAUGAAACGUAAUUUUUAUUGGUUUUUUUUGAUUUUUUUUGUCUGUAAACGAGUUUUUAGAUAACGCUGGCUCCGAUUUAAAAUUUCCAAGGAUCUCACUUGUGGAAUUCGGAUACGUAAUUAUACAGUAGCGCGUUGAGAAAGUCGAUUUUUUUUUAUGUUUUAAAUUCUAUGUUCUUUUCCUAUAAUAACGACGAAAUAACGAUAGAAAAAAAAAAAUGUCGGAAAACCCCAACUGUUUACGCGACAUCUCGGUGGUUUGAUCAAAGUCCGUUGUUAUUUUUCGUCUGUUUUGUCGUAAAAAAAAAAUGUAACCGCAGUGGCGUCGGCCUUUGUUUCAUUUUUCGUGAGGAAAAAAAUGAUGGCGUACCGCCUGUACCCGUCCGAACGAAAAAACGUCUUCGAUUGUCGAACAUUACGCGUAACCGAAACAUUAAAACGAAAAAAAAUAUAUUUUUUAAUGAAACGGCGUUUCUCUCUGUACGCGUCAAUCAAUGCGAUUAUUGGCCCGACAAUGGUGUAAGACGCCGAAAACGAGACUGUACAAUUGCGACGGACGACGAGUGGAAACGCCGCAGACGUUAAACCUACAACGAUCGUCCUGCCCCCCGAACCGCCGAUAACGCGCAGGUGAAAAAAUUCGUCUGGGAAUUUAUCCGGGUCGAUAAUCGAGUCCGGCGGCGGCGGCGGCGGCGGCGUCAACGGUGCCCGAGAGUUUCGCGUCUCGGGUCUUCCAAGCGGCGCGUCGCCCGCCCCGCAGGUUCGACGGAAAAUCGCGACUCGCGCCGUAUCGAAAAACCGUCUCGGCGAUAUCGUUCGACGCGAGUCCGCCGCGCGAACGCGGCCGUUCGCAUUGUUCGCCGCUGUCGCACGGCGAGCGAACGUUUUGAUACGUUACGAGGCCAAUCCGAAUGAAUCGGGAGCGUUAGCGGGCAUCGGAGAGCGGCCGGACACGGGAAAAGGGCGUAAACCGUUUUGUCCGGGCGAACGUUAUUAAAUUCUACAACGACAAUAACGUACGCAUUACUAAGGAAACGAUACGACGGCGAUAAAAAAAAUAACAAAUAAUAACGUUCGACUAGUUAUUUAUCAAAAGAGAACGGGCGGACGAGAUUCAGCCGCCGCCGCCGCCGCUUUGUAAACGAGACGUUCCUCGACGGACCGAAAGACUUUCGCGUACAUUUUUUUUUUCUCCUUUAACGCGAAACCGCAUAAUAAUAAUAUUGUUACGCGUUUUACGUUUUUUUUUUUUCCGUAGAAAUUAUCGUUUUACACCUUACGCGGAUAUCGUUGCGCGCGUACCGCGAUAUUUUGUGUAGAAAAAAAGCAAAUGUAUACGCGGGGCGAUUUUUUUUUUUUUUUUUUCCGUUUUCGUAUAACGACCAAUCGAUUUUCUCGAAGCAUUUCCCCGGGCGUGCGUUUGAUUCCCGUUUUUUUCCGGUAAUUAUUGUUACGGGACUGUUUAGCGUCUAAUCGAACGUCAUUUCCGAAUGUUCGCCCAAACACCGCUUAUAUACCUACGACCCGGACGAUUUUUAGCUGUGAGCAAAAAAACGUUUAAAUAAAAAACCCCCCGGGGCACAGGAGACCUUUAUAGACGGAUUCGAAAAAUAAAUAAUUUUCUUAAAAGUCGAUAACGCUAAAAUCGGAUACACCGUUCAUUGCGUAUAAAACAGUUUUAAACCUGCAGAGGAGUAGGAAAGAGCCGCACGUUUCGUAUCUAUUUUUAGUUGUUCAGCCCUACACUCUGUCGAAAAUUCUAAACCGUUUAAACUCGUAAACGGCAAACCUGAUAACUGACGCGUAGUAUCGAAACGUUUCGAAAAGCGAAAACUGAUACGCGUGCAUUUAAUAGUAAUGUAAUAUUUCCUAUGUUACAGGAUCCCGUAUGAUAAUGGGUGAAAAAAAUAAAAAAAAAAAACGCAAAAUAUAUUUCGCUCGAAAACCUCGUAGUUCGGGGUAAAAAAAAAAACCACUCUGUAUAUUACCUUUACAUCAAACUAAACAACGACUUGUCAUGUAAUGAUAUUAUAUCUAAAGACGCGGUAAAAAUUACAUUUCCAUUCUAUUAGCUAAUAAAAAGGGGUUAAUAACGGUAUGGCGUGUGUAAGUCCAAUAUAUACAUAUAGUAUUUUUACGGGUAUAAUAUUAAUGCAUUACAAGGGGCGGGAUGCUCGUUUGUUUGACGCGCUUUUCAGAAGUAAAAAAAAAACGUUCGGGAAAAGUGAGAAAAAAAAAAAAAAAUGUUAUUGUUGAUUGAUGUUCGACGUCGGGAUAUAAUAUCGAGUAUAGGUUUUUUUUUUUUGGCCGUAUAAAAAGAGUACAAGCCCUAGUAAAAUUAAUUUCGGAUGAACGCUUUUCUGAUGUUAUUUCUUCGAACACACACACAUGCACGAAAAUCAAUAUUAUACUGUGGAUCAUUGUGUCUGUAUACGUAGCCUUUAUACACGUAAUAGGGAUUUUGACAAAACAAAAAGUCACUCCUUUUUCGGCAAUAUUGCCCACGGCAGUACGGCUAGAGAUAGCUUAUAACAACGCAAUAUAGUAACGGAAUGUUAGUCUGCAGCUGGCUGAAACUCUCGAGUUAUCACUAUUUUGAAAAAACCGUCGUUUCGCAUGCUUGGGCAGUGUGACCUAGAGGCAGCUAUUUAUAACCAGUGGCGUGUUAUAGGUAUACUUGUUAAUAUGCGUACAAAAAUUUGGGUGGAGGAUCCGUGAGUAAAAAAGUUGUCCUAGGAUAACGGGAACGGGUGCAGCCACUGUUAUAGGUGAAAACAAGUUGGGAAUGUAGUAAAGAGGACAUUUAAUGUACGCGACGAUUGACCAUUUCUAACAAAAAAACGAUUCUGAGUGGACCUCGUCUGAUAGUGUAGUUUUUUCGACAAUGUAAACGUCGUAUUUUGGUAAAAUAAUAACAUAAUAUGCAUUAAAUAUUUUUUUUAAAUAAUAUUUGUUUUAUAUAGUAUCUAUUUUUCCGUUUUUUCCAGUUUUCUCGUGUUUUUUCCCGUUUAUUAAUAAACCCUCUUGGAAAAUUAACAAAUGACUAUCUUAAAAUACCACCCCAGUCAGAUUUUCUUUCAGUAAAAGUACUAUCAUUGUAAAUCGAAGCAAAAUAUCCGGUAGAAAAUGUAUCCGAAAAAAAAAACAACAUUGUUAAACCAAUAUAUAUUUCUCGCUCCAUUCAGGAUCUAAAAAUUAAAAAUGUCGAACAACAGAGCUAGAAUAAAGUGUUUUUAAAGUAGCGUUUUUUUUUUUUUUUUAUUUCUGUGGGGAGGAGUUUAACCCCCCCCCCCGUAUAUGUGUCUACUGUGCAUUAUUAUAAUGUAUUAUCCUAAUAAUAUUAAAAUUAUUAAGACUUAUUAUUUUUAUGUAAAAUCACGUCAUCAUUCUGCUGGGAAACUGAAAUGUCCACGAUAGACAUGUGUCGUUCCGUGGAUAUAGACGCAGACUGAUCAACCGGAACGAAUUGUGCGGUCGGCCGUUAUCUUAUAAUAAUUUUAUUUUACGAGCCUUUAAGGCUUGCUCUUAUUUCAUUAUUCCUUACCUUUCUCAAUGUAAUAUUAUAAUAGGCUUAAAAUUUGCGUUGCGUGAGGUAGGUGCGUGAUUCAAAAGAUAGGUCGCCUUCUAAUGAUAACAAACGUUUAACACGGAAAAUACAUUCGAAAUAUAAAACCCAAAAACGACUUUCUCUCAGACUUGGGUCGUUUUUUUUUUUUUUUACGACGUUUUUUCGGAAAACAAUUUUAGAGUGAUUCAAAAUCUCUGUGCAUACGUCUAUACAAGCGAAUAACGUUCCGAAGCAUAUUGAUUGAACCGUACAAUGUAAACAUUUAAAAUACCAAGAAAAUCCUAAAGAAAAUUUCGAGAAAAACCCGUUUUUUAUUUCUUUACAUUUUUUUCUUUAAACGCUGAAACACGAAAAAAAAAAACAUUGACGAUCAUGCAAAUUAAAUUCGAAUUUCCGUUAUUGUGUAAAUAUUCGGAUUCGGUAGGUAUGCAACGUUUUACGUUAUAUUAAUCACAACGAGACCUCCGUUUCUUUUCCAUUUGUUCGGGUCGGUCAUUAUCGGACGGGCAAAAUAUGAAAUCGCGUGCUAUUAUGUAUAAUGUUGUAUUCUCGUUCGUAGUUUACGACAAUCGACGGUUUUCGGUCGCAAAAACGAGUGUUUUCGUGCGACAUACGGCAAAUAGGUAAUGGUGUAUAAUAUCGCGUUAACAAUAAACGUAUCGACCGUUGUGUCGUUUAGAGGACGCGAUUAUUUACCGGCUCGGUACAACUAUAACGUAACAAAAUCACUAUAUACGGAACUCGGUGGAGUUUCGAUUGAAAUUAUACAAUGUGUUUACACGCAAAUAACGACGUUUGAAGAGAACACGAUUUCGGGAGCAUUGCGGUUUUGUCAAAUUUUUUUUUUUAUAAGCGCAUUGAGAUAAAAUGUAUUCUCCUUUUCAAAACCGUUGUUGUUUGUGUUUGAAUUCUAAUUUCGAUCAAAAAUUUACGGUUUUAAUCGUAACCGUUACGGAACUGCGUUAACACAAUAAUAACAAUACUAUUAUCGUUAUUGUAGACGACGGAAUGUCAAAAUGCUCAGUACUCGGAUUGUCUAUAAUGGACGAUCGCUCUUAUUGUCACGUUCCCCGUGAAUCUCUUGUAGGUAAUAAAUGCCGACCACCGCGGACCGUUAUAGUAACAUUAUCGUUUUAUUAUUAAGUAGGUACCUAUAAUUGUGUUUUUCUGUGCGGACGACUGUGUCGUGUCGGAUGAGUUCGGUUGGAAUUAUUUAACGCCGUCAUCGUCACGGGGAUUAAAGUCAAUGUAUCGUAACUGCUCGGAAAUAUUACUGAUAGCCGGUGUGACGUACCAAGCAAUGUUGUAUUUACGGGGGGGGGGGGGGGUGGCGGAGGAGGGUGGGCAGAGUCCAACAAACAAAGAAAUAUGCUUUUAUACUUAAAUCGAGUGUUAUUUCAUGAUGUUCAAAACGUCGGAAACGCGUUUUACGAAUUAUAUAGGAGCAUAAUAAAAUAGUAGAAUAAUAGGUAAAUGUAAUAUGACAUUUUUAUUCGAGAGAACAAGCUUGCUUGCUGAUUUCGGAACUCAUAGACUACGAUAAAAUCCCACUACUCAUCUUCCGCUGGCCAACUAACCUCCCACCGAGACAUCCAAUCGCUAAUUUUAAAGAAAUGUCUCAUGAAAUUGUACCGAUUGCAGGCGUCUCAAAACGCCGAAUUCAAUGAAAUAAAACGCAACAUCUAUCCCCGGUGUUUCCCCAAUACAUUUAGUAGAAAGCAGAAAGCUUGCGGUGAUGUUAACUCGUCUCUGAAUCGAACACACAAAGUUAAACCUGACCAACCCAGCUUCCUAAUAGCGACGGAUAAUAAUUUCAUACGCCCCUCCUCUUUCACAACGGUUUUCAAAAUGCGCCCAUCUUCUCCCAGGACCUAGCCUAAAUCGCACCAUUGUCUCCAUUAUAAUCAAUGGCCUUUAUCUCUCGAUGCAGGCUACACAUUGAUAACGCGAUAACGUGCAGCACACCAGACUCGCUGUCCAAAGCAAACGAAUUUAGCCGAUGGACACAGCUAUCAUCUUCAUUGCCGGCGCCGACGGCUGUACAAACAUAAAACACAAAAAUCCGGAACGGAAUAGUGUUGACUGCAGUUUCUCGGAUCGUGAAAAAUUCGAAACGUAAUAUUCCGGAAAAAUAUCAUCAAUGGUUUCUAAAUUAUCUAUCCAAUUAAUAACCCUAUAGAUACAGUUGACCGUGUCUCUAUAACUUUUAAUAUGAUCUAAUUUCUGUAUUUAUUGUAUUUAUAUUUAGCGUGAUUUUAUACCUGUAUUUCCUUUUUUUUUUUUUUUUUUCAUUUUUAUUUGUAUGCUAUACUCCGUGUAAUUUACGUACCGUAUAACUUUGACUGUUCCUAAUGGCUCAUGUCACCGAGGGUCUUAAGUAUAUAGAUGUAUAUAAAUUUAUUUACGGGUGCCGGGCACGGACAAAAUAGCGAGCAUCGAUAACACUACAACAGAACGUAUAUACGAAGUAAGACCCGUAUGUUCGGAACUUUUGUUCAAAGAAUUUGGCGAAUGAUUUGUUGCCCGAAGUUCGACAAUUGUUCGAAUUGCUGCAGGAAAAGAAAAAAUUCAAUAACGAAUUACAAAAGUGUUGGUACAAACGGCUGCGAAUAACACGUUAGGAAUACACUAUAUAAUAUUGCUUACACAACAGUGCGAAAACUUAACCUACCUGUUGGAUCAAACUUCGCAGUCGAAGUUCGUUUCCGAAAAUGCGAACCUAAAAUCAAUGAGAAAUUACGACGGUCGGAUGGUAAAGCGGGCAGGGAAAAAUGGACGAACCACAUCGGGCAGGUCACGGGGUUAAUCAGAGGUAUAGUAUGUAUAAUACGAAAGUAUACCAAAAUAUAUCUAUUCGGUUUAUCGGCGAUACAUUAUAUUGUUGUGAUUAUCGUAUGAUUGUAUGAUAAUGUGCCCGAAAACGAUGAAAACAUCGGUGAUGAAUCGGAAGGAAAGAGGCCCCCGGAAGUGGUCUAGGAAAACGUGGUUAGAUGAGGUUCGAAAUGAUUUUAAAUGUAUAACGGAGCGCGGUAACGGAGGACGGUACAAUGUUGGCGGUUAUGGAAGCCACGGGAGUAGUAAAAUAUUCGCAAUUAAUUUGUAAAACACGCAAAUGCAAAAAACUCUUCACCCCCUCCAUCCCUUCCAAAAAAAAAAAAAAAAAAAAAAAGUUUCGAUUCUCGGGUCCGAAAAAACAACCUAUUUACGUAUGUGUAAAGGAACCCGUGAGUGCACCGUGCCGGUUUUUACAUGGUUUUUUUUUUUCACUGUCCGCACCGACGACAACGGAGGCCGCGUGCGUGUUUGUCGAUCCAUUAGCGCAGUUUCCUGUUUUAUCGCGUUUUCUUUUUCCGUACCGUUAAUGACGGUAACGUCCGCAUACGUCCGCUUAAUGGCAAUUAUUGUCCGGCAAAAUCAAAAAAUCAAAAAAAAAAAAAAUGUGUUUACAAUACAUACAAUUAACCGAAAUUAACCUUCUUAUAAUAUUUUACUCGGACAAACGGUGUCGCACGUCGAAAUACUUAUAUAUUGUAUGGAUUCAACGUCCGGUUUAAAUUAAAUUGAUUGUGCUUAAUCGGUUAUCCUUAACGUUCUAUGAUAUUAUUGUCGAGUUAAAGAAAUGUCAUUCGGGUCACCAUAUAAACGACUACUAGUCGAUGCAACGCGAUAAUUUUGAAUAUCGUGUGGCGACUCAGAAAUCGAUAAAAACUAUAAAACAAAUUGCCCGUUUUCCCCAAUAAACUACGAAGAAAAUCAAAAAAUGCUCCGACUAGAUCAACAAUUCUACAAGAAAUUUUCUAGAGUUUUUUUUUUUUUUUUUAUCGGAGCAAGAUAUCAAUUAAAAAAAAUGAUUGAUAGACACACUAGAAAAAUAAACACAACACAUUAAAACUAAUAUAUUCCUCUCGCCCUUCAAAAUCUAAAACAGCUGAUGCACAGGUAGUUUAUUUUUCGUACGAACAAUACAAUACUUUUCGUAAAGUUUUUUUUUUUUUUUAUAACAACGUAUAUUUACGGGACCUGUAAUAUUAUUACGGCAUUUAACUUUUUAACGGUUUUAUUUACCGAUGGUAGGUGUUUUAAACGACGAUCGCUAAAUAUUUCCCAGUAACACCCUCUCGACGAUUGGUUUUCUAAGUCGGGUAAUUUUACGCUUUAUUAACGCGAAACGAAUAAAAAAAAAUAAAUUACGUUCGACGCGACUCAAUUAUUACUCACUUGAAUAUUUUACAAUAAUUUGUCGUCUCGCAAAUAUACCUACCCACUUCAGUAUAAUCCCACAAUCGAAUUUAACGGUAUAACGGUACCUCAUGCUCGUAUGUCUUAUUAUAAUAUUAUACAUAUUUAUAUACAUGCACGAUCCGAAUCUAACGAGCUCAGCUCUAAAGUUAACAGCGUCGUCGAAGUAUCGCGCACUUAACGACGACGCACACGCAGUAUACGCGUUAUCAAUUUAAAAGCGUGUUGGAAUAAAAUUAAAAUAUAUUCCUACGCUGCUGCAGCGAUAUGAAAAGCGAUUUCGCACUCAACUUUUCUCAUUUAUCACGGCCGAGAGUGGUCCUAUAUAACGCUACCUAUAUUAUAAUACUUAUAAUACGCGUAUUGUACUCGUGAAAUAGCCCGUCGAGAGGUUUUUUUUUUUUUUUUUUACGCAACACAAUGCGGGGAAGUUAUUUAUUUAUUUAUAGAUAAUAUACCAAAAAUAAAUAAAAAUGUAUACCUAUAGUUAUCCCCCGAAAGAACACUAACACGACUCAAAGAUAUAUGCGAUUUUCGAGUUAUUACAAUCAGAAUGUUAUUAUUGCACGACGCCGUCCUCUACAGUUUAGUACGCUUACUCGACAUUUUCCGUUAAAUUUAAUAUCAAAGACAGUACGGGUUCGAACGAAUUUUCGUCUUCUUGAAAUAAACUACAGUCCUAGCCUAAAUAAUGACGCGUCUGAAAUGUGAUUUUAUUAUGACCCGACCAAUGUAGUCGUUACACUAUAAUUGUCUAGCCGGGAUAAAGCCACGUCUCUAAAGUAACAUUUUCACGUGUGAAAUAUUCCUGUUCGCGAUAAAGAAUUAUGAAACAUUAAAAGUAGAUUUUCCGACAUUUUCAUAUUUUGAUUUGACUUUUUCGGGGGUGCGAUACAUGUACAAUGUACGGUAUACUCGUGUAAUAGUAGAAAAUCAAAUUCGCCGAUAAACACGGCGAUUUCUUGUGUAUAAGUAUCUAACGAUUUUCUUUAUAUUCGACGAUUACCGGUAAAUUUUUGUAUUUUUGUAUUAUUCUGCAACCAUAAACAUGAUUGGCUCAAAUAAUUUCGAGGGGGGGACUUGGUUGAAUUUCGAACGCACAUCUAAAUCUCCUAUUUCCCGUACGGUCAUCUUAUAAUGAUGUCCGAAUCGUAUAAUGAUGAUUUUGUUUAAAAUGUUCUCCAAAGUGCUGCCCUCAUUCCGUUACUAUUACCAUAAUAAACCCACGUCAUAUACGACAUCCGGUAAAAGUGAGUAUUAUUGUUAAAAAGUCAUUUUUAUGUCCCAUUCUAUACUCGGGGGUAAUCCUAGGGAGGUUUGGGGGGUUGUAACACCCCCUUAAAGUAAGCAACUGUAAUUUACAGCCGACAUAUUAUAGCUAUUCACAAGACCUACAAUUUUUAUAUAUUUUUAUUCAUAAGUUUUUCCGUGAACUAACAAUUAGCUAUAAUAGCUGAUAACAGUCGGCAGAUAUUAUGCUAUAAAAUACCUGUCGUCAAAUUUUGUUCUUGGAAGUCGGCAAAGUUCAGUCGGAACCCCCGUAAAAAUAAACCCUAGGAUCGCCCCUAGCUAUACUUACUUGAAAAUCAACGGGAUAAAUGUGACUUUUCGGAAAUAUUGUGAAUAGACGUCUAUAUUAUAAUACACAUAAGGUCUUCAACUGUCCGCGAUAACGAUCGAAAUCCAAACCUUCGCGUAUAGACAAAACGUCACGUUCGUCGCGAUCACAGAAUCCGUAUAUGUAAAUCGACCUGUAUGUAAUUUAUAAUUAUGCGUGUGGAAGUGUACACGUCAUAUGGACACUCGAAUUAUUGACAUGUGUAUUUAUAUAUAUAUAUAUAUAUUUUUUUUUUUAAUACACGAUCAAUUGAAUGGAAUCGGGACCGAUUUGUCAUGACUUGUCCACUGCCCGAACCGGUUGAACACAGAAAAGAAAAAAAAAAAAACCUAAUACCUAAUCAUUAUUAUUAUUAUGAUUAUUAUUUUUUUAAGUAAUAAUAUAAUCGAAAAUAUAAUUAUUAUGUUCCCACAGGGAAGACGAAGAAGGGGGUGACGACGAAGACGAAGACUGCGGAGGCGAAGAGGAAAAAAUAAACGUGAACGAUAUUUUGGAAUGGUUCCCAAGGUCGGUGUCCUCGGACAGCAUAGUCGAGUCCACGUAUUGUGUGGACUUGGUGAGAAGGUUACCGUCUCCAUUGUCCAUAAAGGUGAAAGGACGUUUCUGCCCCGGUAAGUGCCUUAUGUUAUAUAUGUUUUUUUUUUUUUUUUUUUUUUUUUUUUUUUGUAUUUUCUCACUCUAUUUCUCGACUACAAUAAUAAUAAUAUAUUCUCGGCUAUACACAGUCGCCUCCCCAUUGUCCACGCGCGACGCUGUGCGCAGUUCUCAUCACCACGGUCCCUUUGACCAAUUGAUUAUUUUAUUUUACUGUUUUUUUUUUUUUUUAACUGAGGUUAAUAGUUUUAGUAAAUAUUCGAAAUAAUACGGCUUUCGGACGCGUUUCUCAAGGUAUAUUUCAACGACGUGCCGCCACCGCACGGUCCUGAAUCCUAUUUUGGAAAAUGUGUAUUAUUUUUACAAAUACCUAGAUAGCUAUGUAAUAUAACUGUUAUUAGUUCGAUGUUAGUCCGGAUGACGAAUAACACGACUACCAUCAUUGUUAUACAACAAAAACAAAAAUAAUAAUAUUAGUAUACAAUGUCUUUGUUUGAAGACAUGAAUUACGUUAAAAAAGUAAUUUACAUCAUCGCCCGGAGUACGGCAGUGCCGCUCGUGCAUUAUGUGUGUGUGUGUGUAUGUGUGUGA